AUGCAUCCUUGGGAUCUCUCAGCGAGUGCUUCCUUGUCUUCCCUGACCAUAGCGGAGAUGAUUCAUGGAACUGGAGGAGGUCCUCUUUAUCUUGUGCAGACGCCUGCUGGGGAAGAGCUGCUCUCAGUUAAAUUUGUUAUGGUAAAAUACCCUAUGUUGUGAGGAGUAGUGCGUUUAUUAAAGACCCAGGUUUGAGCAGUAUGUAUUACGCGCAGCGUUGGCCAUUUGCGGCCAUCAACUCGAUGUUGAUUAUGGGACAAGCUUCGGCAAAAAAAUACAAGCCUCGCUCCCGUGAAAAGCAUUGCGAAAACAGUGGCGCGCAAUGCUUACUGGGUCUCUAAUGAUGUGGGCUUUUGAUAAGUCAUAGGAAGCCUGGAAAUUCAUGGCAUUUCACAGAUUCAUUUGAGGUCGUAGAAGGGAGUACGGUUAAUCUUGGAAUUGGUAAAAUUACUAAUCUUUAUAAUUGGGAAAUACUGUUAUACAUGCUUAAGUAGAAAGGGAAAAAUAGCAUGUUAUCCUGAGCCAGAGGCAUUCAGUGUUUUGGUACUUUGAGGAUGUUUUUGUUUUCAAAUUUAUAGGAACGAUACUCUGUAUUUUCCUCAUCAGCAUGCAGAUUCGAGAAACAAGUUUUUUUUCUUUGUCUUUGGAGUAGUUAAAUAAUUGACAGGAGAGUUAUUGUUUCUGGAUAUCAGUUUCGUGCUUUCCGGGUGUAGAGGUCUACAUCUGCAGCACCAUAUCUGUUUAUAAUUGAAGUAUUAAACCUUGAACCCUAAUGAAAGAGUAGCGUCAAAUUUCCCCCUUCAGUACCACCCCAGAAUCGUAUUGUGAGGUCACAGGCUCUUGAUUGCUGAACAAAUUCUCCUUGUCAGGGUCUGAGGAAAUGUAUAGAGAUCAGUGUGGAGAAUAUGUAUGUUGUUGUUAGUUUGUAAAGGUUUACUUACUGCUUUUGAUGUCAAUUUUAGGUGGAAUCAGACCACCCAGAGUACAGCUCAACAUUCAAGUCCACUAAGCAGUCUGUUACUGUGGAAUUUUCUUCACUGCAAGUAACACUGCAUCAAGAAGCUCUGCUCAACAUCAUCGAUGUUUCAACCAAAAUGCUUCCACCUAGGUGCUGUAAUUUUAAUGUAGCUUAACAACAGUUCAGGCCUACUCUGUUUUGGCCUGAAGCCUUUCGCAUCCUCUUACGUGGAGACAUUUGUAAUUAACGGAGAUGUUUGGCUUUUGGAAACAGGCAGUUCAAAUAAUUCAUGAUUUGGUAACUGAGAGCGGAGCUCGCAGCGCGCGUAGCGAUGCCCUAUACCUAUCAAAAAGUGGAAGUUGAUGUAACCUAUGAAGCCGAAAAAAAUUUAUUCAUCAUUUAAGAAAAAUAUCAGUCGUUUUUUUCUCGAACACCUUUAUACCGUCUUUGGUUGGAGUUUAAAUCCAAUCCUGACACGUAAAUUGUAAUGUGCAUUUACACAGAAUUACAGAUAUAAUGUAGUUUUCAUUGAAUGUACAUAUGUAUAUAUGUAUAGAUUGUAUAGAUUACAUGUGCACAGAUUUUAUAUUGUUUUCUGUAAAUGACGUUUUUAAUGUUUAUCUAUCUAUUUCUCACACCCCUUUUGUAUACACGAAUUCAGCUUUUCAGCUGCAAAGCAUUAUUCUGUUAAACAUGCGACAACUCUCUUUCCACCAAUCGUCAGUUGAAAGAAUCUUUUUUUUCUCUUUUGCCAGUGAAGGGACAUCAGCUCUGCCACUUGUGCCUGCUGACAGUACAAAAACGAAAGGUCAAGAUGAAAAUAAAACGUCUAAGCUAGUUGCACCAAAAGGCAAAGAGAAGAAAGAUGGUAAAGAUGGAAUACAGAUUGAAGUGACUGCUAAGCUGGGAGGAAUCGAUGUUACAGUGACAUCUGUUGAGGGUGAUUUGACGCAUGUAAUUAUUGGAGGUGAGGAGUUUUUUACUUGUCUUUUAAUACAGUGUUACAGAAAGCUAAGGGUUGUUUGCAUUUGAGUCGGCUCAACCACCAUAAUUUCGUGAUGCUUAAAUGAGAUGUUGCAAAUUCCCCGUUGUCAUUUCACUAUUUUUAGAGGGGAGAGAGUAGGGCAAUAAAAGUUACACCUUUCCCGCCCCCUCUCCCCUCCGUCCACUCCAACUCUGAAUUGAACAUAGCCAGUCGGCGAAUAGGACGCUACACUGCAAGCUAUGAUGCCAUAUGUUACGCUUCUGUUCCAUACUCUUUUGAAGGAAGCAAAUGAGCAAUUGUGGUAGUUUUAAUCCGUCAAAGAAUUGGUAUUAAACGUAAUAUUUUCAGCCACUCUUUGUUCUACAUUAUGUACUUUAUGUUUCAUGAGUUCAAUAUUUUCUUCACACAAAGAGUUAUCCGCUGGCUGUGUUGUUAGAGACAGCAGAACAGACGUUACGGCCAGGUAUGUAUGACUUAAUUGUCUCAGUCAAUUUCCCUGUUCCCAUUAUCGUGAUCAAAAUCACUCAAACUUUCCUGAUCUAAAAAAUUAUAGUUUGUUAAAGAAAUUUCCAAUUGAGUACGUGUCAAAAUUUAUCCAGGAUUGCUUUGGUUUCGCUUUAUUUCGUUAUAUGAUUGGUCCAGAAACUCGCGCCAUUUCCUCAACCAAUCAGACUCAAAACUAAAACCAGUUACAACCUUGUAACUCCGUUUUUUCCCGCGCCUUAGGCGGCUUGCUUGUUUUCACUUCGAGUUCUUGUCGGCUCCUUGUGAUAUUUUCCUGGCUAUGAUUGGCUGUUGUGGAUGCUUUGGGUUUGGUUUUACGACACUCAAUCGAAAAGCCCUCUAAGUGUCUUUGUUCCAUUUCAGUAUGAAAACUUUGUCAGUGAUGGAUUCUACACCUGGGGCGAUAUAUCCGAAGAUAGUAUCCAUCGUGAACGAGGAGGUGUUUAGCCUUCAGGUGCGUAAAAUGAGGAGUGUUUAUUUUAGACUUGGAACUGAUUGACAACAAGGUCAUAUAUCAAUUUAGUUUGAGUGUUGUUCUGCACCUUUCAGUUUGAGUGUUGUUCUGCACCUUUCAUACUGCCACCAGAGAAUAUUUCCUCCAAGUGUCCUCUAGGACUGGUAAAGAAACCUCACACAAAUUCUGUAACCAAUCUCAUGUGAAAUGAUUAACCACUCUCAACCUGAUUACUGAUAACAUUUCCUUGCGUCUGUGGCAGUUUGCUUGUUUUUGCUCUGAGUUCUCAUUGGCUCGUAGUAAUAUUUUGCUCUGUUCUAAUUGGCCAUUAAUUGAGAUAACUUUGAUUUUGGUUGUACAACAAUCAAUGUAUAAGGGUUCUUUCAUGAUCAUCAUUGCUGUUUUAACCAGUGCUGUUAUUAACUUGAGUUAUGAGUAAAACUUUCUAAUUUUAGUCCAUGCCUCAUGUUCUUAGGUUAUUGCACACAAUGGUGCAACUGCCAGAAUCAAGUCAAGAGACAUGGAAGCUGUAGAUCUGAAAUUCGAGAUGGCAAUCGGUUGUAUCCGUGUCAUCUUCCUAAACAAAUUUGUGAUGAAGCUGCUGGUCAGUUAACUUUAUUAGCGUCAAUAUAUUUAGCAUUUGUAACUCUUUACAGUGACUGAAAUUGAAGUUAGUAGAACUUUAGUAUUUUGUGUUGUAUAUUUUUUUGGAAAUUUUCGGCCUUUCAUUUGAAUGAAAUGCUAUUCAUUGUGCCGAUUGUUAGUGCGCCUCGGCUAAGAGCAAUGAAAUGGCAUUUAUUAUUUUUUUUACUGAGUGGGAGUCACAUGUAACUAUUACGGCUAAUUUUGCUUGAGUAAAUAUGAUUACUUCAUCUUUCGGAGGAUGAGAUGAUUGCAAGCUCAGAUGUGAAUCUCUGUAUUUUUCAGGACUUUUGGAACAAGUUUCAGCGGGCAGAGGAUGCUAUGGAGUAUACCAGAAAAACUGCAGCUGAGUCAGCCAGUGCAACAGUGAGUCACUAGCCGUUAUUAAAACCUUUACAUCUUGACCCAUUCCACACCCAGAUCUCAUUAGUAAUUGUCCUUACUGUGUGCUAUGCAAUUCUUAUGAUGUUGUUUGAGAGAUUUUGAUGUUAGAUCAAGUAAUAAUACCCCUAAUUGAUAUUUUUAUUUAUUCUCACCACUUGUCUGCUUGAUAUUGUACUGAUUUGUGAGGAGAAACUCUAUCUUGUUCAUUCACGGGAGUAAAGGGUUUACAGCAGUAUUCACUGUUAGUAACUGAAGGGUGACGCCGUCAUAACAAGCUGUGUGAUUGACGCCCUUGAUUAGGUAUAAAUAUGUGUUUUUCUGACUUUUAGAUUCAGAGUUUGCAAAUCCAGAGCUCAAGAAUAAGCAUGAACGUUUCUAUCCAAGCACCUCUGGUUAUCAUCCCUGUGAGUUCGACGUCUCGCGAUGCAAUUGUUGCAAAUCUUGGUCAACUUAAUGUGUCAAACACCUUCAACCUUGCACAUAAUGGGAAGGAUCCUGAAGGAAGUGAUACUGUUGUUAUUGACAACAUGGUGGUGGAACUUAGUUCUGUAAAACUGUUGAGGUAUAGAAUUCAUCAUUUAUUCCAGUGCUUUUGAAACAGGUUGACUUAGUGGCUUUUUUUUCAUUUCGAAAAUGAAUUCCAAGUGCUCCCGAAAGGAGUCGAACAUACGACCUUCCGAUUAGUACUUGAGAUACUCUGCCAUUCAGGUUGAGCUGUAGGAGACUCGUGGAAAUCCAUGGUAACAAAUUCCUUGCAAUCGAUAUGAGAUACUUUUGCACGAUGAUAUAACUGAGGAUGGUAAAUUUUAAGCCUGGUGAAAGAUGAUGUUAUGCAGUGAAUGGCACAGGCAUACUCGGAAAAAAGAACUCCAAAAAUAAACGGAAAGUUCGCUGCUAGGUGAAGGCGAAGAGGUUAAAAAUGUGUUCCACACUCGUGUCUGAUGAAAAAAAUCGUUUUCCUUUGUACAAUAAGAGCUGUGAUGACCGAUGGGGAAACCAUAGGACCCACCCAACUGGUCCUUGAACCAGCGAAUGUGACGGUUCAUGUGGCUCGAAACUUGUCUCCUUGGUAUCGUGAUGUGCCUGAUAUCGAUGUGAAAGGAAAGCUUCAUGUGGUUAAGGUUAGUUUAUUGACGAACAGCACUUGAAAGGGGAAUAAACAAUUGAACAAAUUCAAAACAGAAUGGUUUACUUUUCGUACUACGAAAAGUAAACCAUUCUGUUUGCAAAUGAUUUGUUCACAUCACUGAAUAAUUUCAAUCUCGGUAUACAUUCCUUAACUCGGUAGACAUCCCUUCAGUCAUAUGGUGGCCUUUUGAAUAAAUCAACUUGGACCGCUAGAUAACUCGCCAUGUUCCAAAAGAAAAUGUUUUUUUUCAUUAAGGUAAUUAGAUUGCGAUUUUAGUUGAGGCUUAUUGCGGGAAGAAAAUCAAAGUACAGUGUGGCUGCCCAUAUUUCUCAUGACCAGAAAUUCAAGAUAAAAUGUUUUUUUUCGGAGGGUACGUGCGGUUAGUUAGCGUAAGUCAACGCAAAUUUAAACAUAACAUCGACUAACUGCCGUGUGAGGGAAUACGAGGGAAGAGGAGGUUGGGAGCAAGGAAACAGAAUCUUCCUAGAAGCAGAUUGGUGUGAAUCUUCUUCGUUCUAACUUUGUCUAAAUUACAAUUAGCCUCGUCAAAAAUUAGAGUUCAGGUAUUACUACAGACUUUUACCAGAUAUUUACAUGUCACUUGUAAUACCAGCUGUGUGAGUUCUGUCUCUGUACAGUUACGCGCUGGUGAAGAUGAAAUAAGAACUAUACUAGGGAUCUUGUUGAAGAAUCUCAGUGAAGGAGUCACAUCUCGCGCAGACGUAACACAUUUGGGUGUUUUGAGAAGUGGUACAGGAGAAGAGGAUGAUGAAGCUGAGGAAAUGGAUGAAAUGUGCCAGAUAUCACCUGAAACUACAACCGGGUACUUUUCGUUUCCUAGACUUGUAUUUCGGUUGGCUAAAGGAAAAAAAAGGGGUUUCUGAAAGAUUUUUCCUCAAGAGCCCAAACGUGAUGGUUAAAAAACACGGCAUAGAGAAAUAGAUAACACUAGAAGACUUUGGGUGUAAACCCCUCAAGCUCUCUUAUGUUUCAUUUCCGAAUAUGUUUUACGGAAGUCCGGCUACCCCUUAAUUUAUGAUUUUGAAAUUUGGCCGAUCAGGAAUUGUUAUUACAUUAUUUUUUAUACAUAAUAUAUUCCUUCUUUUUUUCCCGUAGAGAAUCCAACCUUCAACGAGCUAAGAGAGAGGAAAAAGAGGCUAUGGCGAAACAAGUUAAAGUUUCGCUUAACUUUGAAAUAGAAGAGGUGUGUUUGAGUAUUUUUCAUUGGAGUGAUCUUCUUAUGGGUCUGAUGGUUUUAAAAGUUUACAACAGAAGGAAAAUUACGAGAGCAACUUUUGAAUGUGUCGAGGGUAAUACAGGAUUGUUAGGGCUUGUUUCACUUCGUUCUGUGAACUGUCUAGAAAACUCAACGAAUCAGUUUCAAAACUAAAAUCAACCACGUCUUGUUACGCAUGUUUUCCCGCGCUUCAAACACUUUACUUAUUUCAACUGAAAUUUUUAUUUUUAUCUUGAGAUAUGUGUCUUGCCUCGCCCAACCAAAAAGCGCUCUUGAUGGUUUUUGAUAUAUCUAUUGGUAACAGAGCCAUGGAGAAGUUAUUCGUCUGCCGAUCCUAAGUCGAAUUUGAAUGAGGACUGUUGGAUUUUGUCCCCCUUUAGGACAACAGCCCCCAAUUAAACCAACUGAUCUUGAACUUUUUAUGUUGUGUUAUAGAUAUUCGUUGAUUUUAGCACUGUGGAUAGUGGAGGGAAAUUGACACCUUGUCUUGUGCUGCAUGUGAAAGGCCUGGGUACCGAUUUUGUCAUGCAUCCUUGGGAUCUCUCAGCGAGUGCUUCCUUGUCUUCCCUGACCAUAGCGGAGAUGAUUCAUGGAACUGGAGGAGGUCCUCUUUAUCUUGUGCAGACGCCUGCUGGGGAAGAGCUGCUCUCAGUUAAAUUUGUUAUGGUAAAAUACCCUAUGUUGUGAGGAGUAGUGCGUUUAUUAAAGACCCAGGUUUGAGCAGUAUGCAUUACGCGCAGCGUUGGCCAUUUGCGGCCAUCAACUCGAUGUUGAUUAUGGGACAAGCUUCGGCAAAAAAAUACAAGCCUCGCUCCCGUGAAAAGCAUUGCGAAAACAGUGGCGCGCAAUGCUUACUGGGUCUCUAAUGAUGUGGGCUUUUGAUAAGUCAUAGGAAGCCUGAAAAUUCAUGGCAUUUCACAGAUUCAUUGGAGGUGGUAGAAGGGAGUACGGUUAAUCUUGGAAUUAGUUAAAUCACUAAUCUUUAUAAUUGGGAAAUACUGUUAUACAUACUUAAGUAUAAAGGGAAAAGUAGCAUGUUAUCCUGAGCCAGAGGCAUUCAGUGUUUUGGUAAUUUGAGGAUGUUUUUGUUUUCAAAUUUAUAGGAACGAUACUCUGUAUUUUCCUCAUCAGCAUGCAGAUGGUAGAAACAAGUUUUUUUUCUGACUUUGGAGUAGUUAAAUAAUUGACAGGAGAGUUAUUGUUUCUGGAUAUCAGUUUCGUGCUUUCCGGGUGUAGAGGUCUACAUCUGCAGCACUUUAUCUAUUUAUAAUUGAAGUAUUAAACCUUGAACCCUAAAGAAAGAGUAGCGUCAAAUUUCUACCUUCAGUAUCACCCCAGAAUCGUAUUGUAAGGUCACAGGCUCUUGAUUGUUGAACAAAUUCUCCUUGUCAGCGUCUCAGGAAAUGUAUAGAGAUCAGUGUGGAGAAUAUUUAUGCUGCUGUUAGUUUGUAAAGGUUUACUUACUGCUUUUGAUGUCAAUUUUAGGUGGAAUCAGACCACCCAGAGUACAGCUCAACAUUCAAGUCCACUAAGCAGUCUGUUACUGUGGAAUUUUCUUCACUGCAAGUAACACUGCAUCAAGAAGCUCUGCUCAACACCAUCGAUGUUUUAACCAAAAUGCUUCCACCUAGGUGCUGUAAUUUUAUUGUAGCUUAAUAACAGUUCAGGCUUUGGCCUGAAGCCUUUCGCAUCCUCUUAUGUGGAGACAUUUGUAUUUAAACGAGACGUUUGGCUUUUGGAAACAGGCAGUUCAAAUAAUUCAUGAUUUGGUAACUGAGAGCGGAGCUCGCAGCGCGCGUAGCGAUGCCCUAUACCUAUCAAAAAGUGGAAGUUGAUGUAACCUAUAAAGCCGAAAAAAAUUUAUUCAUCAUUUAAGAAAAAUAUCAGUCGUUUUUUUCUCGAACACCUUUAUACCGUCUUUGGUUGGAGUUUAAAUCCAAUCCUGACACGUAAAUUAUUAUGUGCAUUUACAACAGAAUGACAGAUAUAAUGUAUUUUUUAUUGAAUGUACAUAUGUAUAUAUUUAUAGAUUAUAUAGAUUACAUGUGCACAGAUUUUAUAUUAUUUUCUGUAAGUGACGUUUUUAAUGUUUAUCUAUCUAUUUCUCACACCCCUUUUGUAUACACGAAUUCAGCUUUUCAGCUGCAAAGCAUUAUUCUGUUAAACAUAUCUAUAUCUUUAUGCGACAACUCUCUUUCCACCAAUCGUCAGUUGAAGGAACCUUUUUUUUCUCUUUUGCCAGUGAAGAGACUCCAGCUCUGCCACUUGUGUCUGCUGACAGUACAAAAACGAAAGGUCAAGAUGAAAAUAAAACGUCUAAGCUAGUUGGGCCAAAAGGCAAAGAGAAGAAAGAUGGUAAAGAUGAAAUACAGAUUGAGGUGACUGCUAAGCUGGGAGGAAUCGAUGUUACAGUGACAUCUGUUGAGGGUGAUUUGACGCAUGUAAUUAUUGGAGGUGAGGAGUUUUUUACUUGUCUUUUAAUACAGUGUUGCAGAAAGCUAAGGGUUGUUUGCAUUUGAGUCGGCUCAACCACCAUAAUUUCGUGAUGCUUAAAUGAGAUGUUGCAAAUUCCCCAUCGUUAUUUCAAUAUUUUUUGAGGGGAGAGGGUAGGGCAAUAAAAGUUACACCUUUCCCGCCCCCUCUCCCCUCCGUCCACUCUAACUCUGAAUUGAACAUAGCCAGUCGGCUAAUAGGACGUUACACUGCAAGCUGUGAUGCCAUAUGUUGCGCUUCUGUUCCAUACUUUUUUGAAGGAAGCAAAUGAGCAGUUGUGGUAGUUUUAAUCCGCAAAGAAUUGGUAUUAAACGUAAUAUUUUCAGCCACUCUUGAGUCUACAUUAUGUACUUUAUGUUUCAUGAGUUCUAUUUUUUCUUCACAUAAAGAGUUAUCCGCUGGCUGUGUUGUUAGAGACAGCAGAACAGACGUUACGGCCAGGUAUGUAUGACUUAAUUGUCUUAGUCAAUUUCCCUGUUCCCAUUAUCGUGAUCAAAAUCACUCAAACUUUCCUGAUCUAAAAAAUUAUAGUUUGUUAGAGAAAUUUCCAAUUGAGUACGUGUCAAAAUUUAUCCAGGAUUGCUUUGGUUUCGCUUUAUUUCGUUAUAUGAUUGGUCCAGAAACUCGCGCCAUUUCCUCAACCAAUCAGACUCAAAACUAAAACCAGUUGCGACCUUGUAACUCGGUUUUUUCCCGCGCCUUAGGCGGCUUGCUUGUUUUCACUUCGAGUUCUUGUCGGCUCCUUGUGAUAUUUUCCUGGCUAUGAUUGGCUGUUUUGGCUUUACGACACUCAAUCGAAAAGCCCUCUAAGUGUCUUUGUUCUAUUUCAGUAUGAAAACUUUGUCAGUGAUGGAUUCUACACCUGGGGCGAUAUAUCCGAAGAUAGUAUCCAUCGUGAACGAGGAGGUGUUUAGCCUUCAGGUGCGUAAAAUGAGGAGUGUUUAUUUUAGACUUGGAACUGAUUGACAACAAGGUCAUAUAUCAAUUUAGUUUGAGUGUUGUUCUGCACCUUUCAGUUUGAGUGUUGUUCUGCACCUUUCGUACUGCCACCAGAGAAUAUUUCCUCCAAGUGUCCUCUAGGACUGGUAAAGAAACCUCACACAAAUUCUGUAACCAAUCUCAUGUGAAAUGAUUAACCACUCUCAACCUGAUUACUGAUAACAUUUCCUUGCGCCUCUGGCAGUUUGCUUGUUUUUGCUCUGAGUUCUCAUUGGCUCGUAGUAAUAUUUUGCUCUGUUCUAAUUGGCCAUUAAUUGAGAUAACUUUGAUUUUGGUUGUACAACAAUCAAUGUAUAAGGGUUCUUUCAUGAUCAUCAUUGCUGUUUUAACCAGUGCUGUUAUUAACUUGAGUUAUGAGUAAAACUUUCUAAUUUUAGUCCAUGCCUCAUGUUCUUAGGUUAUUGCACACAAUGGUGCAACUGCCGGCAUCAAGUCAAGAGACAUGGAAGCUGUAGAUCUGAAAUUCGAGAUGGCAAUCGGUUGUAUCCGUGUCAUCUUCCUAAACAAAUUUGUGAUGAAGCUGCUGGUCAGUUAACUUUAUUAGCGUCAAUAUAUUUAGCAUUUGUAACUCUUUACAGUGACUGAAAUUGAAGUUAGUAGAACUUUAGUAUUUUGUGUUGUAUAUAUUUUUGGAAAUUUUCGGCCUUUCAUUUGAAUGAAAUGCUAUUCAUUGUGCUGAUUGUUAGUGCGCCUCGGCCAAGAGCAAUGAAAUGGCAUUUAUUUUUUUUUUACUGAGUGGGAGUCACAUGUAACUAUUACGGCUAAUUUUGCCUGAGUAAAUAUGAUUACUUCAUCUUUCGGAGGAUGAGAAGAUUGCAAGCUCAGAUAGAAAUCUCUGUAUUUUUCAGGACUUUUUGAACAAGUUUCAGCGGGCAGAGGAUGCUAUGGAGUAUAACAGAAAAACUGCAGCUGAGUCAGCCAGUGCAACAGUGAGUCACUAGCCGUUAUUAAAACCUUUACAUCUUGACCCAUUCCACACCCAGAUCUCAUUAGUAAUUGUCCUUACUGUGCGCUAUGCAAUUCUUAUGAUGUUGUUUGAGAGAUUUUGGUGUUAGAUCAAGUAAUAAUACCCCUAAUUGAUAUUUUUCUUUAUUCUCACCACUUGUCUGCUUGAUAUUGUACUGAUUUGUGAGGAGAAACUCUAUCUUGUUCAUUCACGGGAGUAAAGGGUAAACAGCAGUAUUCACUGUUAGUAAAUGAAGGGUGACGCCGUCAUAACAAGCUGUGUGAUUGACGCCCUUGAUUAGGUACAAAUAUGUGUUUUUCUGACUUUUAGAUUCAGAGUUUGCAAAUCCAGAGCUCAAGAAUAAGCAUGAACGUUUCUAUCCAAGCACCUCUGGUUAUCAUCCCUGUGAGUUCGACGUCUCGCGAUGCAAUUGUUGCAAAUCUUGGUCAACUUAAUGUGUCAAACACCUUCAACCUUGCACAUAAUGGGAAGGAUCCUGAAGGAAGUGAUACUGUUGUUAUUGACAACAUGGUGGUGGAACUUAGUUCUGUAAAACUGUUGAGGUAUAGAAUUCAUCAUUUAUUCCAGUGCUUUUGAAACACGGUUGACUUAGUGGCUUUUUUUUCAUUUCGAAAAUGAAUUCCAAGUGCUCCCGAAAGGAGUCGAACAUACGACCUUCCGAUUAGUACUUGAGAUACUCUGCCAUUCAGGUUGAGCUGUAGGAGACUCGUGGAAAUCCAUGGUAACAAAUUCCUUGCAAUCGAUAUGAGAUACUUUUGCACGAUGAUAUAACUGAGGAUGGUAAAUUUUAAGCUUGGUGAAAGAUGAUGUUAUGCAGUGAAUGGCACAGGCAUACUCGGAAAAAAGAACUCCAAAAAUAAACGGAAAGUUCGCUGCUAGGUGAAGGCGAAGAGGUUAAAAAUGUGUUCCACACUCGUGUCUGAUAAAAAAAUCGUUUUCCUUUGUACAAUAAGAGCUGUGAUGACCGAUGGGGAAACCGUAGGACCCACCCAACUGGUCCUUGAACCAGCGAAUGUGACGGUUCAUGUGGCUCGAAACUUGUCUCCUUGGUAUCGUGAUGUGCCUGAUAUCGAUGUGAAAGGAAAGCUUCGUGUGGUUAAGGUUAGUUUAUUGACGAACAGCACUUGAAAGGGGAAUAAACAAUUGAACAAAUUCAAAACAGAAUGGUUUACUUUUCGUACUACGAAAAGUAAACCAUUCUGUUUGCAAAUGAUUUGUUCACAUCACUGAAUAAUUUCAAUCUCGGUAUACAUUCCUUAACUCGGUAGACAUCCCUUCAGUCAUAUGGUGGCCUUUUGAAUAAAUCAACUUGGACCGCUAGAUAACUCGCCAUGUUCCAAAAGAAAAUGUUUUUUUUCAUUAAGGUAAUUAGAUUGCGAUUUUAGUUGAGGCUUAUUGCGGGAAGAAAAUCAAAGUACAGUGUGGCUGCCCAUAUUUCUCAUGACCAGAAAUUCAAGAUAAAAUGUUUUUUUUCGGAGGGUACGUGCGGUUAGUUAGCGUAAGUCAACGCAAAUUUAAACAUAACAUCGACUAACUGCCGUGUGAGGGAAAUAGGGAGGGAAGAGGAAGUUGGGAGCAAGGAAACAGAAUCUUCCUAGAAGCAGAUUGGUGUGAAUCUUCUUCGUUCUAACUUUGUCUAAAUUACAAUUAGCCUCGUCAAAAAUUAGAGUUCAGGUAUUACUUCAGACUUUUACCAGAUAUUUACAUGUCACUUGUUAUACCAGCUGUGUGAGUUCUGUCUCUGUACAGUUACGCGCUGGUGAAGAUGAAAUAAGAACUAUACUAGGGAUCUUGUUGAAGAAUCUCAGUGAAGGAGUCACAUCUCGCGCAGACGUAACACAUUUGGGUGUUUUGAGAAGUGGUACAGGAGAAGAGGAUGAUGAAGCUGAGGAAAUGGAUGAAAUGUGCCAGAUACCAUUUGAAACUACAACCGGGUAUUGUUUCGUUUUCUAGACUUGUUUUUCGGUUGGCUAAGGGGGAAAAAAGGGUUUCUGAAAGAUUUUUCCUCAAGAGCCUAAAUGUGAUUGUUAAAAAUACGGCAUAGAAAAAUAGAUAACACCAGAAGACUUUGGGUGUAAACCCCUCAAGCUCUCUUAUGUUUCAUUUCCGAAUGUGUUCUGCGGAAGUCCGGCUAGCCCUUAAUUUAUGAUUUUGAAAUUUGGCCGAUCAGGAAUUGUUAUUACAGUAUUUUUCAGAUAUAAUAUAUUCCUUCUUUUUUCCCGUAGAGAAUCCAACCUUCAACGAGCUAAGGGAGAGGAGAAAGAGGCUAUGGCGAAACAAGUUAAAGUUUCGCUCAAGUUUGAAAUAGAAGAGGUGUGUUUGAGUAUUUUUCAUCGGAGUGAUCUUCUUAUGGGUCUGAAUUUUUUAAAAGUUUACAGCAGAAGGAAAAUUACGAGAUAAGUUUUUGAAUGUGUCGAGAGUAAUACAAGAUUGUUAGGGCUUGUUUCACUUCGUUCUGUGAACUGUCUAGAAAACUCAACGAAUCAGUUUCAAAACUAAAAUCAACCACGUCUUGUUACGCAUGUGUUCCCGCGCUUCAAACAGUUUACUUGUUUUCAACUGAAAUUUUUAUUUUUAUCUUGGGAUAUGUGUCUUGCCUCGCCCAACGAAAAAGCGCUCUUGAUGGUUAUUGAUUUAUCCAUUAGUAACAGAGCCAUGGAAAAGUUAUUCGUCUGCCGAUUCUAAGUCGAAUUUGAAUGAGAACUGUUGGAUUUUGUCCUCCUUUAGGAUAACAGCCCCCAAUUAAAGCAACUGAUCUUGAACUUUUUAUGUUGUGUUAUAGAUAUUCGUUGACUUUAGAACUGUGGAUAAUGGAGGGAAAUUGACGCCUUUUCUUGCGCUGCAUGUUAAAGGCCUGGGUACCGAUGUUGUCAUGCAUCCUUGGGAUCUCUCAGCGAGUGCUUCCUUGUCUUCUCUUACCAUAGCGGAGAUGAUUCAUGGAACUGGAGGAGGUCCUCUUUAUCUUGUGCAGACGCCUGCUGGGGAAGAGCUGCUCUCAGUUAAAUUUGUUAUGGUAAAAUACCCUAUGUUGUGAUGUGUAGUGCGUUUAUUAAAGACCCAGUUUUGAGCAAUAUGCAUUACGCGCAGCGUUGGCCAUGGGCGGCCAUUAACUCGAUGUUGAUUAUGGGACAAGCUUCGGCAAAAAAAUACAAGCCUCGCUCCCGUGAAAAGCAUUGCGAAAACAGUGGCGCGCAAUGCUUACUGGGUCUCUAAUGAUGUGGGCUUUUGAUAAGUCAUAGGAAGCCUGGAAAUUCAUGGCAUUUCACAGAUUCAUUUGAGGUCGUAGAAGGGAGUACGGUUAAUCUUGGAAUUAGUUAAAUUACUAAUCUUUAUAAUUGGGAAAUACUGUUAUACAUGCUUAAGUAGAAAGGGAAAAAUAGCAUGUUAUCCUGAGCCAGAGGCAAUCAGUGUUUUGGUAAUUUGAGGAUGUUUUUGUUUUCAAAUUUAUAGGAACGAUACUCUGUAUUUUCCUCGUCAGCAUGCAGAUGGUAGAAACAAGUUUUUUUUCUGUCUUUGGAGUAGUUAAAUAAUUGACAGGAGAGUUAUUGUUUCUGGAUAUCAGUUUCGUGCUUUCCGGGUGUAGAGGUCUACAUCUGCAGCACCAUAUCUGUUUAUAAUUGAAGUAUUAAACCUUGAACCCUAAUGAAAGAGUAGCGUCAAAUUUCCCCCUUCAGUACCACCCCAGAAUCGGAUUGUAAGGUCACAGGCUCUUGAUUGUUGAACAAAUUCUCCUUGUCAGCGUCUCAGGAAAUGUAUAGAGAUCAGUGUGGAGAAUAUGUAUGUUGUUGUUAGUGUGUAAAGGUUUACUUACUGCUUUUGAUGUCAAUUUUAGGUGGAAUCAGACCACCCAGAGUACAGCUCAACAUUCAAGUCCACUAAGCAGUCUGUUACUGUGGAAUUUUCUUCACUGCACGUAAAACUGCAUCAAGAAGCUCUGCUCAACAUCAUCGAUGUUUCAACCAAAAUGCUUCCACCUAGGUGCUGUAAUUUUCAUGUAGCUUAACAACAGUUCAGGCCUACUCUGUUUCGGCCUGAAGCCUUUCGCAUCCUCUUACGUAGAGACAUUUGUAAUUAAAGGAGAUGUUUGGCUUUUGGAAACAGGCAGUUCAAAUAACCCAUAAUGUGUUAACUGAGAGCGGAGCUCGCAGCGCGCGUAGCGAUGCCCCAUACCUAUCAAAAAAUGGAAGUUACUGUAACCUAUAAAGCCGAAAAAAAUGUAUUCAUCAUGUAAGGAAAAUUAUCAGUCGUUUUUUUCUUGAACACCUUUAUACCGUCUUCGAUUGAAGUUUAUAUCCAAUCCUGACACGUAAAUAGUAAUGUGCAUUUACAACAGAAUGACUUACAGAUAUAAUGUAUUUUUUUUAUUGAAUGUAUUUAUGUAUAUAUUUAUAGAUUGUAUAGAUUACAUGCACACAGAUUUUAUAUAAUUUUCUGUAAAUAACGUAUUUAAUGUUUAUCUAUCUAUUUAUCACACCCCUUUUGUAUACACGCAAUUGAGCUUUUCAACUGCAAAGCAUUAUUCUGAUAAACAUAUCUAUAUCUCUUUGUGACAACUCUCUUUCCACCAAUCGUCAAUUGAAGGAGCGUUUUUCUCUUUUGUCAGUGAAGAGACUCCAGCUUUGCUACUUGUGUCUGCUGACAGUACAAAAACGAAAGGCCAAGAUAAAAAUAAAACGUCUGAGCUAGUUGCGCCAAAAGGCAAAAAGAAAAAAGUUGGUAAAGAUGAAAUACAGAUUGAGGUGACUGCUAAGCUGGGAGGAAUCGGUGUUACAGUGACAUCUGUCGAGGGUGAUUUGAUGCAUGUAUUUAUUGGAGGUGAGGGAUUAUUUAGUUGUCUUUUAAUACAGUGUUGCAGAAAGCUAAGGGUUGUUUGCGUUUGAGUCGGCUCAACUACCAUAAUUUCGUGAUGCUUAAAUGAGAUGUUGCAAAUUCCCCAUUGUCAUUUCAGUAUUUUUAGAGGGGAGAGGGUAGGGCAAUAAAAGUUACACCUUUCCCUCCCCCUCCCCCCUCCGUCCACUCUAACCCUAAAUCGAACAUGGGCAGUCGGGUAAUAGGACGCUGCACUGCAAGGUAUGAUACGAUAUGUUGGGCUUUUGUUCAAUACUUUUUUGAAGGAAGCAAAUGAGAAAUUGUGGUAGUUUUAAUCCGUCAAACAAUUGAUAUUAAACGUAAUCUUGUCAGCCAGUCUUGAGUUUACUUUAUGUACUUAAUGUUUGACCAGUUCAAUAUUUUUCUUUACACAAAGAGUUAUCCGCUGGCUGUGUUGUUAGAGACAGCAGAACAGACGUUACGGCCAGGUAUGUAUGACUGAGUUGUCUUAGUCAAUUUCCCUGUUCCUAUGAUCGUGAUCAAAAUCACUCAAACCUUCCAAAUUAUCGUUUGAUUUCCAAUUGAGUGUCGAAAGUAAUCCAGGAUUGCUUUGGUUUCGCUUUAUUUCGUUAUGUGAUUGGUCCAGAAACUCGCGCCACUCCCUCAACCAAUCAGAUUCAAAACUAAAACUAGUUGCGACCUGGUCACUCGCGUGUUGUCCGCGCCUUAGGCGGCUUGCUUGCUUUCACUUCGAGUUUUCAUCGGCUCCUUGCGAUAUUUCUGGCUAUGAUUGGCUGUUGUGGUUGCUUUGGUUUUGGUUUUGGUUUUACGACACCCAAUCGAAAAGCCUUCUAAGAGUCUUUGUUUAAUUUCAGUAUGAAAACUUUGUCAGUUUUGGAUUCUACUCCUGAGGUGGCAUAUCCGAAGAUAGUAUCCAUCGUGGACGAGGAGUUGUUUAGCCUUCAGGUGUGUAAAACGAGGAAUGUUUAUUUCAGACUUGGAACUGAGUGACAACAAUGUCAGAAGGUCAUAUACCAAUUUAGUUUGAAUUCUGUUCUGCGCCUUGUGUACUGCCACCAGUGUAAAUUUCCUCUAAGUGUCCCCUAAGACUGAUAAAGAAACCUCACGCCAAUUCUUUAACCAAUCUCGUGGAAAGUGAUUAACCACUCGCAACCUGAAUACUCGCGUUUAGUUUUUUGGCGCCUGUAGCAGUUUGCUUGUUUUUGCUGAGUUCUCAUUGGCUCGUAGUAAUAUUUUGCUCUGUUCUGAUUGGCCAUUAAUUGUGGUAACUUUGAUUUUGGAUGUAUGACAAUCAAUGUAUGAGGGUUCUUUCAUGAUCAUCAUUGCUUUUAUAACCAGUGCUGUUAUUAACUUAAGAUAAGAGUAAAACUAUCUAAUGUUGGUCCAUACCUCAUGUUCUUAGGUUAUUGCACACAAUAAUGCAACUGCCGGCAUCAAGUUUAGAGACAUGGAAGCUGUAGAUCUGAAAUUCGAGAUGGCAAUCGGUUGUGUCCGUGUCAUCUUCCUAAACAAAUUUGUGAUGAAGCUCUUGGUCAGUUAACUUUAUUAACGUCAAUUUGAUUAGCAUUUGUGAUUCCUUACAGUUGCAGAGAUUGAAGUUAGUAAAGCUCUAGGAUUUUUUGUUGUAUAUUUUCAUGGAAAUUUUUCGGCCUUCAAUUUUGAUAAAAUGCUAUUCAUUGUACUGAUAUUUAGUGUGCCUCGUCCAAGAGCAAUGAAAUGGCUUUUACUUUUUUUACAGACUGCGAGUUACAUGUAACUAGUACGGUUAAUUUUAUCUGAGCAAAUAUGAUCACUUUAUCUUUCGAAGGAUGAAAUCAUUGCAAGCUCUGAUAUGAAUCUCCGUGUUAUUUCAGGACUUUUUGAACAAGGAUGCUAUGGAGUAUGCCAGAAAAACUGCAGCUGAGUUAGCCAGUGCAAUAGUGAGUCACCAGUCGUUAUUAAAACCUUUACAUCUUGACCCAUUCCACUCCCAGAUCUCAUUAGUAAUUUUCAUUACUCAGUGUUUCCUAUUUAAUUCUUAUGACGUUGUUUGUGGGAGUUUGGUGUUAGAUCAAGUAAUAAUUCCCGUAAUUGAUAUAUUUCUGUAUUCUCAUCCCUUGUAUGCUUGAUAUUGUACUGAUUUGUGAGGAGAAACUCUGUCUUGGUCACUUGCAAUUAAAGGGUUAGCAGCAGUAUUUAUGUUGUUCACACUGCUCUACAUACUAUUUUUAUUGUUUUGACAAGGAGAAUUUGUUCAAAAUCAAGAAAUUUCUAAUUUGGUCCUGAUGUUUGACAAAAGGGGAAUACUGUAAAGUAAAAUUAGACGCUAUUCACUUUUAGGAACAAAAGGGUGACGCCAUUAUAACAAGCCGUGUGGUUGACGCACUUUAGUAGGUGUAAAUAUGUGUUUUUCUGACUUUUAGAUUCAGAUUUUGCAAACUCAAAGCUCAAGAAUAAGCUUGAAAGUUUCUAUCCAAGCACCGGAGGUUAUCAUCCCUGUGAGUUCGACGUCUCGCGAUGCACUUGUUGCAAAUCUUGGUCACCUUAGUAUGUCAAACACCUUCAACCUUGCACAUGAUGGAAAGAAUCCUGAAGGAAGUGAUACUGUUGUUAUUGACAACAUAGUGGUGGAACUUAGUUCUGUAAAACUGUCGAGGUAUUGAUUUCAUCAUUUAUUCCAGCGCUUUUGAAACACGGUUGAUUUAAUGGCUUGUGCGGCUGUGUAUACCUUCAGCCUGAAGCCACUCCUCGUAGCCAUUUGGGCAGGCGUUGAGCUGCUUUGUUUAGAUAUCGUUUAAGGCAUUCCAAACAUUAGGAUACAGGCUUAAAUUCAAUAGAGUUCAUGCUCUCACGAGAUGGGAGUAAGCACCCCAUGUAUUAGGUGUCCACGAUAAGUCUCCGGUUCCAAUUUAAACUCGCUAUUGUUUCGUGGUGUGAAUUUCCUAAAAUAAGCGCAUGAACAAAUAAUUUCCUUAAGUGUCUAGAUUUUUAUUUGCACUAAUUGGUUGUCUAACUAAAGAAUCACGUGACUGGUUGAGAACAUGGAGUUAGUUUUCCUAUUAAAUUCAUGAGCUCAGAACUGUAAAACUCAAAUUCAAGUUACCGGGAUUCCGUGUUGACCUUGGUAAAUCCAUGCAAUCAAGAAAUAGAUUGUGGAAGAUGAUGUUAUUCAGUGAAUGUCACAGGCAUAUCUCGAAAAAGAAUACUAAGUGCUCCCAAAAAGAGUCGAACAUACGACCUUCCGAUUAGUACUUGGAAUACUCUGGUUGAGCUAUAGGAGACUCGUGGAACUAAAUUGGUGAAACUAUUGCGCGAUGAUAUAGCUGAGGAUGGUAAAUUUUUUAGUCUGGUGAGAGAUGUUAUGCAGUGAAUGACACAGGCAUACUCGGAAAAAAGAACUCCAAAAAUAAAUGCAAAGUUUGCUUCUAGGUGAAGGCGAAGAGGUUAAAAAUAUGUGCCACACUCGUGUCUGAUGAAAUAAUCGUUUUCCUUUGUACAAUAAGAGCUGUGAUGACUGAUAGGGAAACCAUAGGGCCCACCCAACUGGUCCUUGAACCAGCGAAUUUGACAGUUCAUGUGGCUCGAAACUUGUCUCCUUGGUAUCACGAUGUGCCUGAUAUUGAUGUGAAGGGAAAGCUUCAUACAGUUAAGGUUAGUUUAUUGACGAACAGCACUUGAAAGGGGAAUAAAUAAUUGAACAAAUUGCAAACAGAAUGGUUUGCUUUUUGUAGUUUAUUCAUUACUGAAUAAUUUUAAUCUCGGUAUACAUUCCCAAACUCGGUAGAUAUCUCUUCACUCAUAUGGUGGCCUUUUGAAUAAUCAGCUUGGACCUCUAGAUAACUCGCCAUGUGCCAAAAAGAAAAUAUCUUUUCCAUUAAGGAAAGAAAAAUCAAAGUACAGUGCGGCUGGCCAUAUUUCUUAUGACUAGAAAUUCAAAUCAAAAUGUUUUUUUGGGAGGUUAGUUUGCGUAAGUCAACGUAACUUUAAACAAAACAUCGACUAACUGCCGUGUGGGGUAAAAACUUACCCAAAAAAUGCAAGGGGGGGGGGGCAAAGAAACAGAGCUAGAAAUGAAGCAGAGUAAACUGAGCACAAGCACAUGACAGUGCCUUGCUAACCCUCCUUGAAUCCUCCAAGAAGCAGAUUGGUGUGAGUCUUCGUCAUUCUAACUUUGUCUAAAUUACAUUUAGCCUUGUCAUAAUAUCGUCUCGUCAAAAAUUAGAGAGUUUAAAUAGUAUUACAGAUAUUUACCAGAUAUUUACAUGUCACUUGUAAUAACAGCUGAGUGAGUUCUGCCUUUGUACAGUUACGUGCUGGUGAAGAUGAAAUAAGAACUAUACUAGGGAUCUUGUUGAAGAAUCUCAAUGAAGGAGUCACAUCUCGCACAGACGUAACACAAUUGGGUUUUUUGGGAAGUGGUACAGGAGAACAAACGGAGGAAAUGGAUGAAAUGUGCCAGAUACCGGCUGAAACUCUAACCGGGUAUUGUUCGGUUUUAUACACUCUUUUUUCGUUUGGCUAAGGGAAAAAAGGGGAGAGUUUCUGAAAGAUUUUUCCUGUAAAGCCCAAAUUUGAUGGCUAAAAAUACGACUUAGAACAAGUGACAACACCAGAAGACUUUGGAUGCAAACCCCUCAAACCCUGUAGUAUUUCAUUUCUUAAUGUGUUUUUCCGAAGUCCGGCUACCUCUUAAUUUAUAAUUUCGAAAUUUGGCCGAUCAGGAAUUGUUCUAACAGUAUUUUUCGGGUAUAAUAUUUUCCUUUGUUUUUUUCCCGUAGAGAAUCGAACCAUGAACGAGCUAAAAGUGAAGAAAAAGAGGCUAUGGCAAAACAAGUUAAAGUUUCGCUUAAGUUUGAGAUACAAGAGGUGUGUUUGAGUAUUUUUCAUUGGAUUAAUCUUCUUAUUCUACCCAUAGCUCUGAAUUUUUUUUAAUUAAUAGCAAAGGGAAAAUUUUGAUAGCAAUUUUAAGAUGUGUCAAGAGUAAUACAGGAUUCUAAGGGCUUGUUUUCAGACAGACAGUUUGCUUGUUUUCAACUGAAAUUCUUAUUUUUCUUUUGAGAUGUGUGUCUUCCCUCGCCCAACCGAAAAGCGCUCUUGAUGGAUAUUGAUUUAUUGACUAGUAACAAAGGCAUGGGAAAAUUAUUCUUCUGCCGAUUCAAAGUCAAAUUUGAACGAGGACUGUUGGAUUUUGUCCUCUUUUAGGAUAACAGCCCUCAAUUAAACCAACUGAUCGUGAACUUUUUAUGUUGUGUUAUAGAUAUUCGUUGACUUUAGCACUGUGGAUAAUGGAGGGAAAUUGACGCCUUUUCUUGCGCUGCAUGUCAAAGGCCUGAGUACUGAUGUUCUCAUGCAUCCUUGGGAUCUCUCAGCGAGUGCUUCCUUGUCUUCUCUGGCCAUAAUGGAGAUGAUCCAUGGAACUGGAAGAGGUCCUCUUUAUCUUGUGCAGACGCCUGCUGGGGCAGAGCUGCUCUCAGUUAAAUUUGUCAUGGUAAAAGACCUUAUUCUGUGAGGUGUAAUGCGUGUAUUAAAGAUCCAGUUUUGAGCAGUAUGCAUUACGCGCGGCGUUGGCCAUGGGCGGCUAUUAACUCAAUGUUGAUUAUGCGACAAGCUUCGGUAACACAAUACAAGCCUCUCUCUCGUGAAAAGCAUUACGAAAACAGAGGUGCGCAAUGCAUAUUAGGCCUUUAAUGAUGUGGGCUUUUGAUAAGUCAAAGUAAGUCUAGAAAUUCAUGGCAUUUUACAGAUUCAUUUGAGGUCGUUGAAGGGAGUACGAGUAAUCUUGGAUAACUAAUCUUUAUAUUUGGGAAAUUUUUUUCUACGUGCUUAAGUAUAGAGUGAAAAAUAAAAAUAAUCCUGAGCCAGAGGCAUUCAGUGUUUUGGUAAUUUGAGGAUUUUUUUUUUGUUUUCAAAUUUAUAGAAACGAUACUUUGUAUUUUCAUCGUCAGUAUGCAGAUAGUAGAAAGAAGAAGGGAAAUAGUUGACAGGAGAGUUAUUGUUUGCGGUUAUCACUUCCGUGCUUUCACGGUGUAGAGGUCUAUAUCUGCAGCACCAUAUCUGUUUAUAAUUGGAGUAUUAAACCUUGGACCCUAAAGAAAGACUUGCGUCAAAUUUCUCCCUUCAGUCCCACUCCAGAAUCGCAUUUUAAGGUCACAGGCUCUUGAUUGUUGAACAAAGUCUCCUUGUUAGCGUCCUAGGAAAUGUAUAGAGAACAGUUUGGAGAAUUUGUAUGCUGUUUUUAGUGUUUAAAGGUUUACUUACUGCUUUUGAUGUCAAUUUUAGGUGGAAUCAGACCACCCAGAGUACAGCUCAACAUUUAAGUCCACUAAGCAGUCUGUUGCUUUGGAAUUUUCUUCACUGCAAGUAAAACUGCAUCAAGAAGCUCUGCUCAACAUCAUCGAUGUUUCAACCAAAUUGCUGCAACCAAGGUGCUGUACUUUUGAUGUAGCUUAAGAGUGGUUAAGACGUGUGGCUUUUGGAAACAGGCAAUUCCAAUAAUCCGUUGUUUGGUAACUGAGAGCGGAGAUCGCAGUGCGCGUAGCGAAGCCCCAUACCUAUCAAAAAGUGGAAGUUACUAUAACCCAUUAAGCCGAAGAUAUUUUAUCAGCAUAUAAGGAAAAUUUUCAGUCGUUUUUUCUCUUUUUUGGAGUUUAUAUCCAAUCCUGACACACGUAAAUUGUAAUGUGCAUUUUGCAACAGACUUAAAGAUAUAAUGUAUUUUUUAUUUAAUAUAUAUAUAUAUAUAUAUAUAUAUAUAUAUAUAUAUAUAUAUAUAUAUAUACAUACAUAUAUUUAUAGAUUAAAUAUUAUGAGAGGAAAAAACGACGCAACUACAUAUCCCGACAAGCCUGUUUCGUGAAUCGCUUCACUCUUCAGGGGUUUAAUGAAAGAAUAUUCAUAUGACUAUCGUUUAUAUGCUAAGAAAAUUUACAUAAUACGCGGUAAACUUAAAAACUUAAAAGUUCAGCUGUUGCGUAGCAACGCUUUGUUUCUGUGUCGGCAUGAAGAUACGAGUUCGUUACGCUUAUUUAGUGAUGAAAUGUCGGGUCGGUAAAUUAUCAGGAAUUUUUCUUUUAGGCAGAGGUUGCAUUUUUUACUGGAACUGUUGUAGGGAGAGUUAGAUGAUAAGACGCGCCAUGAAAUAGAGUAGUCAAUGUUGUCGUUCUUGAGUGUCCAGAUGUGUUUGCUAAGUUCGGUAGAGUUUUUGUGCUUGGCGUGGCGGAAUGAUGCGGUGUGAUUUCUGUGUCUUGUUUUGAAGUCGGUUUCUGUGAGUCCUAUGUAUGUUUCAGAGGUGUUGUUGUCUAUUUAUUUUAUAAUAUUUAUAUUUAUUAUAAAUUUAUAUUAUAUUUAUAAUAUUUAUAUUUAUUCUGCUCUACUUCAACGUAUUGAGCACUCUUCCACGCGAAAAUCGACCUGCAGACUUCCUAUAUUUAUAGAUUAUAUAGAUUAGAUGUACACAGAUUUUAUAUGAUUUUCUGGAAAUGACGUUUUUAAUGUUUAUCUAUCUAUUUAUCAUACCCCUUUUGAAUACACGCAAUUCAGCUUUUCAACCGCAAAGCUUUAUUCUAAUAAACAUAUCGAUUACUUUAUGUGACAACUCUCUUUCCACCAAUCAGUGGAAGAAACGUGUCUUUUUCUCUUUUGUCAGUGAAGAGACUCCAGCUCCGCUGCCUGUGUCUGCUGACAGUAUAAAAACGAAAGGCCAAUAUGUAAAUAAAACGUCUGAGCUAGUUACGCCCAAAGGCAAAAAGAAGAGAGAUGGUAAAGAUGAAAUACAGAUUGAGGUGACUGCAAAGCUGGGAGGAAUCGAUGUUACAGUGACAUCUGUUGAGGGUGAUUUGACGCAUGUAUUUAUUGGAGGUGAGGGAUUAUUUAGUUGUCUUUUAGCGCAGUGUUGCAGAAAGCUAAGGAGUUGUUUGCAUUUGUGAUGCAUAAAUGAAAUGUUGCGAAUUCCUUAUCACCAUGUCACAGUUUUUAGAGGGUAGGGGGCGGGGCAAUAAAAAUUACCCCUUUCCCGCCCCCUCCCCCCCCCACUGUCCACUCUCACUGUAAAUCAAACAAGGCCAGUGAGCUAAUAGGAGGCUCCACCUCAAGCUAUGAUACGAUUUUGAUGGGCUUUUGAUCAAAACUAUUUUGAAGGAAGCCAAAGAGCAAUUGAUGUAGUUUUAAUCCGUCAAAGAAUUGGUACUAAGAAGAAUCUUUUCAGCCACUGUUCAGUUUAGUUUUUGUACUUUAUGUUUGACAAGUUCAAUAUUUUUCUUCGCACAAAGAUUUGUCCGCUGGCAGUGUUGUUAGAGAAAGCAGAACAGACGUUACGGCCAGGUAUGUAUGACUUAAUUGUCCCAGUCAAUAUCUUUUUUCCUAUGAUCGUGAUCCAAAUCACUCAAACUUUCCAGGUCUAAAAAUUUAUCGUUUGAUAGAGAAAUUUCCAGUUGAGUGUCGAAAGUAAUCCAGGAUUGCUUUGAGUUCGCUUUAUUUCGUUAUGUGAUUGGUCCAGAAACUCGUGCCACUCCCUCAACCAAUUAGAUUCAAAACUAAAACCUGGUUACUCGCGUUUUUCCCGCGCUUUGGGCGGUUUGCAUGUUUUCACUUCGAGUUCUCAUUAGCUCCUUGUGAUAUUUCUGGCUAUGAUUGGCUGUUGUGCUUGCUUUGGCUUUGGCUUUGGUUUUUACGACACUCGAUCGAAAAGCCCUCUAAGUGUCCUUUUUUCAUUUCAGUAUGAAAACUUUGUCAGUGAUGGAUUCUACUCCUGGGGCGGUAUAUCCGAAGAUAGUAUCCAUCGUGAACGAGGAGGUGUUUAGCCUUCAGGUCUGUAAAAUGAGGAAUGUUUAUGUUAGACUUGGAACUGAGUGACAACAAGGUCAUAUACCAAUUUAUUUUAAGUUCUGUUCUGCACCUUGUCUACUGCCACCAGUGCUGCUGCUGCUGUUUUAACCAGUGCUGUUAUUAACUUGAGUUAAGAGUAAAACUUUCUAAUUUUAAUCCAUACCUCAUGUUCUUAGGCUAUUGCACACAAUAAUGCAACUGCCGGCAUCAAGUUUAGAGACAUGGAAGCUGUAGAUCUGAAAUUCGAGAUGGCAAUCGGUUGUAUCCGUGUCAUCUUCCUAAACAAAUUUGUGAUGAAGCUGCUGGUCAGUAAACUUUAUUAGCGUCAAUAUAUUUAUAUUUAGCAUUUGUGAUUCUUUACAGUUGCAGAAAUUGAAGGUAGUAAAGCUUUAGUAUUUUUUGUGGUAUAUUUUUUUGGAAAUUUCUGCCUUCCAUUUGAAUGAAAUGCUAUUCAUUGUAGUGAUAGUUAGUGCGACACGGCAAAGAGCAAUGAAAUGGCAUUUUUUUUUGUUACUGAAUGCGAGUUACAUGUAACUAGUACGGUUAAUUUUUCCUGAGCAAUUAUGAUUACUUUAUCUUUCGGAGGAUGAAAUCAUUGCAAGCUCAGAUAUGAAUCUCCGUGUUAUUUCAGGACUUUUUGAACAAGUUUCGGCGGGCAGAGGAUGCUAUGGAGAAUGCCAGAAAAACUGUAGCUGAGUCAGCCAGUGCAACAGUGAGUCAUUAGCCGUUAUUUAAACCUUUACAUCUUAACCCAUUGCACUUCCAGAUCUCAUUGGUAAUUGUCCUUACCGUGUGCUAUGGAAUUCUUAUGUUGUGUGAGAGAGUUUGGUGUUAGAUCAAGUAAUAAUUCCCGGAAUAUGUUUCUUUAUUCUCAUCACUUGUCUGCUUGAUAUUGAACUGAUUUGUAAGCAGAAACUCUGUCUUGGUCACUCACGGGAGUAAAGGGUUAACAGCAGUAUUCACUGUUGGUAACUGAAGGGUGACGCCGUUAGGCAAGCCGUGUGGUUGACGCACUUUAUUAGGGACAAAUAUGUGUUUUUCUGACUUUUAGAUUCAGAGUUUGCAAAUCCAAAGCUCAAGAAUAAGCUUGAAAGUUUCUAUCCAAGCACCUCUGGUUAUCAUUCCUGUGAGUUCGACGUCUCGCGAUGCAAUUGUUGCAAAUCUUGGUCACCUUAGUGUGUCAAACACCUUCAACCUUGCACAUAAUGGGAAGGAUCCUGAAGGAAGUGAUACUGUUGUUAUUGACAGCAUGGUGGUGGAACUUAGUUCUAUAAAACUGUUGAGGUAUAGAUUUCAUCAUUUAUUCCAGUGCUUUUGAAACACAGUUGACUUAGUGGCUUUUACAGCUGUGUAUACCUUCAGCUUUGCCUCCUUUGCCUUUACCUCCUUCUCCUAUCUAGACCUCAUAGGAAACUCCUACAAAACCGAAUUUAAGUGUCUUAACAAGUUCACAAAAAUAAGGAAAAAAUACACAAAACUGGCGUUUUCAACCACACACUGCACACUCGAUAGGGUUUCGCUUACUCGCUAUUGUUUUCUGGAGCGAAUUGCCUCAAAUAAGCGCAUGAACAAAUUAUUUACUCAAGUGUCUUUAGACUUUUGUUGUUUGGACUAAUUAGCUGUCUAGUUAAAGAAUCAUCUAACUGGUUGAGACAGAGGUGUUAGUUUUUCUAUUAAAUUCAUGAGCUUAGAACUGUAAAACUCAACCAAACGUUACCAGGACUCCGUGUUAACCUUGGUAAGUCCAUGCAAUCAAGAUAUAGAUUAUGAAAGAUGAUGUUAUUCAGUGAAUGAUAGAGGCAUAGUUCGAAAAUGAAUUCCGAGUGUUCCCAAAGGGAGUAGAACCUACGACCUUCCGAUUAGUUAUUGGGAUACUGCCACUCAGGUUGAGCUUUAGGAGACUCGUGGAGCUAAAUUAAUGGUAACAAAUUUCCUGCAAUCGAUAUGAGAUAUUUUUGCGCAAUGAUAUAACUGAGGGUGGUAAAUUUUAAGCCGAGUGAAAAAUGAUGUUAUGAAGUAAAUGACACAGGCAUACUCGGAAAAAAGAACUCCCAAAAAUAAACGCAAAGUUUGCUUCUAGUUGAAGGCGAAGAGGUUAAAAAUGUGUGCCACACUCGUGUCUGAUGAAACAAUCGUUUUCCUUUGUACAAUAAGAGCUGUGAUGACUGAUGGAGAAACCAUAGGACCCACCCAACUGGUCCUUGAACCAGCGAAUGUGACAGUUCAUGUGGCUCGAAACUUGUCUCCUUGGUAUCACGAUGUGCCUGAUAUCGAUGUGAAGGGAAAGCUUCAUGCAGUUAAGGUUAGUUUAUUGACGAACAGCACUUGAAAGGGGAAUAAACAAUUGAACACAUUCAAAACAGAAUGGUUUGCAUUUCGUAAUUUAUUCCCACCAUUGAAUAAUUUCAAUCUCGGUAUACAUUCUUUAACUCGGUAGACAUCCCUUCAGUCACAUGGUGGCCUUUUUAAUAAAUCAGCUUGGAGCUCUAGAUAACUCGCCAUGUUGCAAAAGGAAAUAUUUUUCGAUUAAGGUACUUUGCGAUUUUAGGUGAGGCUUAUUCUGGGAAGAAAAAUCAAAGUACACUGUGGCUGCCCAUAUUUUUAAUGACUAAAAAUUCAAGUUAAAAUGUUUUUUUUGGAGGGUACGUGCGGUUGGUUUGCGUAAGUCAACGUAACUUUAAACAUAACAUCGAUCAACUGCCAUGUGAGAUGAAAAACACCCAAAAAAUGCGAGGGAGGGAAGGGUGCUAGGGGAAAGGAAACAGAGCCAGAAAUGAAGCAAAGUAAACUGAGCAGAACCACAUGGCAGUGCCCUGGCAAACCUCCCUGAGCUCUCCAAGAGCCAGAUUGGUGUGAAUCCUCGUUCUAACUUUGUCUAAAUUACAUUUAGUCUCGUCAAAAGUUAGAGAGUUUAGGUAGUAUUACAGCUGUUUACCAGAUAUUUACAUGUCACGUGUAAUAACAGCUGAUUGAGUUCUGUCUUUGUACAGUUACGUGCUGGGGAAGAUGAAAUAAGAACUGUGCUUGGGAUCUUGUUGAAGAAUCUCGGUGAAGGAAUCACAUCUCGCACAGACGUAACACAAUUGGGUGUUUUGGUAGGGGUACAGGCGAACGAGAUGAUGAAGCUGAGGAAAUGGAUGAAAUGUGUCAGAUACCACCUGAGACUCUAACCGGGUAUUGUUUAAUUUUCUAUACUUUUUUUUUGGUCGGAAAAAGGGGAGAGUUUCUGAAAGAUUUAUCCUCAAGAGCCCAAAUUUAAUGGUUAAAAAUAAGGCAUAGAACAACAAAUAACACCACACGACUUUGGGUGUAAACCCUACAAACUCUCUAAUAUUUCAUUUCCCAAUGUGUUCUGCCGAAGUCCGGCUACCCCUUAAUUUAUAAUUUCGAAAUUUGGCCGAUCAGGAAUUGUUACAGCAGUAUUUUUCAGGUAUAAUAUAUUCCUUUUUUUCCCGUAGAGAAUCCAACCUUGAAGGAGCUAAAAGUGAAGAAAAAGAGGCUAUUGCCAAACAAGUUAAAGUUUCACUUAAAUUUGAGAUAGAAGAGGUGUGUUUGAGUAUUUUUUAUCACAGGGUAAUCUUCUUAUUCUUCCUAUGGCUCUGAAUUUUUUUUAAAGUUUACAGCAAAAGGAAAAUUAUGAGAAUAAUUUUCGGAUGUGUCGAGAGUAAUACAGGAUUCUAAGGGCUUGUUUCACUUCGUUCUUUGAUUAGUCCAGAAAACUCAACCAAUCAGUUGCAAAACUAAAAUCAACCACGACUUGUUAGGCAUGUUUUCUCGCGCUUCAGACAGUUUGCUUGUUUUCAACUGAAAUUCUUAUUUUUCUUUUGAGAAGUGUCUUCCCUCGCCCUAGGGAAAAGCGCUUUUGAUGGAUAUUGAUAUAUCCACUAAUAACAGAGCCAUGGAGAAGUUAUUCUUCUGCCGAUUCUAAGUCGAAUUUGAAUGAGGACUGUUGGAUUUUGUCCUCCUUUAGGAUUACAGCCCCCGAUUAAACCAACUGAUCUUGAACUUUUUAUGUUAUGUUUCAGGUAGUCGUUGAUUUUAGCACUGUGGGUAGUGGAGGGAAAUUGACGCCUUGUCUUGCGCUGCAUGUCAAAGGCCUGGGUACUGAUGUUGUCAUGCAUCCUUGGGAUCUCUCAGCAAGUGCUUCCUUGUCUUCUCUGGCCAUAAUGGAGAAGAUCCAUGGAACUGGCGGAGGUCCUCUUUAUCUUGUGCAGACGCCUGUUGGGGCAGAGCUGCUCUCAGUUAAAUUUGUUAUGGUAAAAGAUGUUAUCUUGUGAGGUGUACUGCGUGUAUUAAAGACCCAGUUUUGAGCAGUAUGCAUUGCGCGCGGCGUUGGCCAUGGCGGUCAUUAACGCAAUGUUGAUUAUGCCACAAGCUUCGGGAAAACAAUAAUGUAAUGCUGUAAACAAUAAUUUAAUGCUUUAAAACAAUUAUGUAAAGCAAUGUAAUGCUCUUGUGAAAAGCAUUACAAGAAAAGCAGAGGGGCGCAAUGCAUACUGGGCCUCUAAUGAUGUGGGCUUUUGACAAUCCAUAGUAAGCCUGGAAAUUCAUGGCAUUUUACAAAUUAAUUUCAGGUCGUGGAAGGGAGUACGGCUAAUCUUGGUUUUAGUUAAAUAAGUGAUCUUUAAACUUGGGAAAUAUUGUUCUACAUACUUAAGAAUAAAGUGAAAAAUAAAAUGUCAUCCUGAGCCAAAGGCAUUCAGUGUUUUGGUAAUUUGAGGAUGUUUUUGUUUUCAAAUUUAUAGAAAAGAUACUCUGUAUUUUCAUCAUCAGUAUGCAGAUGGUAGAAAUUAGUUCUUUUUGUAUUUUCAGAAACAGUUAAAUAGUUGACAGGAGAGUUAUUGUUUGUGGUUGUCACUUCCGAGCUUAGGCGGUGUAGAGGUCUAUAUCUGCAGUACUAGAUCUGUUUACAACUGAAUUAUUAAACCUUGGACCCUAAAGAAAGACUUGCGUCAAAUUUCUCUUACCACCCCAGAAUCGCAUUGUAAGGUCACAAGCCUAGGCUCUUUAUUACUGAACAAAUUCUCCUCGUCAGCGUCUCAGGAAAUGUAUAGAGAACAGUCUGGAAAAUAUGUAUGCUGUUGUGUAAAGGUUUACUUACUAAUUUGAUGUCAAUUUUAGGUGGAAUCAGACCACCCAGAGUACAGCUCAACAUUCAAGUCCACUAAGCAGUCUGUUGCUUUGGAAUUUUCAUCACUGCAAGUAAAACUGCAUCAAGAAGCUCUACUCAACAUCAUCGAUGUUUCAACCAAAAUGCUGCCACCAAGGUGCUGUAAUUUUAAUGUAGCUUAAGAGCGGUUAAGACGUGUGGCUUUUGGAAACGGGCAAUUCCAAUAACCCGUAAUUUGGUAACAGAUAGCAGAGCUCGUAAUGCGCGUAGGGAAGCCCCAUACCUAUCAAAAAGUGGAAGUUACUAUAACCCAUUAAGCCGAAAAUAUUUUAUUCAUCAUAUAAAGAAAAUUGUGUCUUUUUUUCUGGAUCACCUUUAUACCGUGAUCGGUUGGGGUUUAUAUCCAAUCCUGACACGUAAAUUUUAAUGUGCAUUUUGCAACAGACUUAUAGAUACAAUGUAUUUUUCAUUGAAUAUGUAUGUGUGUGUGUGCGUAUUAUAGAGAUUAUAUAAAUAUAUAUUAUAUAGAUUAUAUAGAUAUAUAUUAUAUAGAUAAUAUAGAUAUAUCUUAUAUAGAUAUAUAUAUUAUAUAGAUUAGAUGUACACAUAUUUUAUAAGGUUUUCUGUAAAUGACGUUUAAUGUUUAUCUAUCUAUUUAUCAUACCCUUUUGUAUACACGCAAUUUAGCUUUUCAGCUGCCAAGCAUUAUUCUAAUAAACAUUUUUAUAUCUUUACGUGACAACUCUCUUUCUACCGAUCGUUAUUUGAAGAAACGUUUUAUUUUUCUCUUUUGCCAGUGAAGAGACUCCAGCUCUGCUACUUGUGUCUGCUGACAGUAUAAAAACGAAAGGCCGAUAUGUAAAUAAAACGUCUAAGCUAGUUACGCCCAAAGGCAAAAAGAAGAAAGAUAGUAAAGAUGGAAUACAGAUUGAAGUGACGGCAAAGCUGGGAGGAAUCGGUGUUACAGUGACAUCUGUUGAGGGUGAUUUGAUACAUGUAAUAGUCGGAGGUGAGGAAUUAUUUACUUCUCUUUUAACACAGUGUUGCAGAAAGCUAAGGGUUGUUUGCGUUUGAUUCGGCCCAACAACCAUAAUUUACUGAUGCAUAAAUGAGAUGUUACAAAUUCCCUAUCAUCAUAUCACAAUUUCUGGAGCGGAGAGGGUGGGGCAAUGGAAAUUACACCUUUCCGCUCCCUCACCCCACCGUUUACUCUCACUCUAAAUAAAUGGCUGGUCGACUAAUAGGAAGGUUCACUUCAAGCUAUGAUACGAUUUUGCUAGGCUUUUGUUCAAUAAUAUUUUGAAGGAAGCCAAAGAGCAAUUGUAGUAGUUUUAAUCCGUCAAAGAAUUGGUAUCGAAGGUAAUCUUCUCAGCCGCUCUUGAGUUUACUAGUGUCCUUUAUGUUUGAUGGGUUCAAUAUUUUUCUUCACACAAAGAUUUGUCUGCUGGCUGUGUUGUUAGAGACAAUAGAACAGACGUUGCGGCCAGGUAUGUAUGACUUAAUUGUCCUAGUCAAUAUCCCCUUUCCUAUGAUCAUGAUCAAAAUCACUCAAACUUUCUAGGUAAAUUAUCGUUUGGUAGAGAUAUUCCCAAUUGAGUGUCGAAAGUAAUCCAGGAUUGCUUUGGUUUCGCUUUAUUUCGUUAUGUGAUUGGUCCAGAAACUCGCGCCACUCCCUCAACCAGUCAGCUUCAAAAUUAAAACUAGUUGCGACCUGGUCACUCGCGUGUUGUCCGCGCCUUAGGCGGUUUGCUUGUUUUCACUUCGAGUUCUCAUCGGCUCCUUGUGAUAUUUUCCUGGCUAUGGGCUGUUGUGGUUGCUUUGGUUUUGGUUUUACGACAUUCAAUCGAAAAGCCCUCUAAGUGUCUUUGUUUCAUUUCAGUAUGAAAACUUUGUCAGUUUUGGAUUCUACUACUAAGGCGGUAUAUCCGAAGAUAAUAUCCAUCGUGGACGAGGAGGUAUUUAGCCUUCAGGUGUGUAAAACGAGGAAUGUUUAUUUCAGACUUGGAACUGAGUGACAACAAUGUCACAAGGUCAUAUACCAAUUUAGUUUGAGUUCUGUUCUGCACCUUGUGUACUGCCACAAGUGAAAAUUUCCUCUAAGUGUCCUCUAAGACCGAUAAAGAAAUCUCACGCCAAUUCUUUAACCAAUCUCGUGGAAAGUGAUUAACCACUCGCAACCUGAAUACUCGCGUUUAGUUUUUUGGCACCUGUGGCAGUUUGCUUGUUUUUGCUCUGAGUUCUCAUUGGCUCGUAGUAAUAUUUUGCUCUGUUCUGAUUGGCCAUUAAUUGUGGUAACUUUGAUUUUGGAUGUAUGACAAUCAAUGCAUAAGGGUUCUUUCAUGAUCAUUAUUGCCUUUUUAACCAUUGUUGUUAUCAACUUAAGAUAAGAGUAAAACUCUCUAAUUUUAGUCCAUACCUCAUGUUCUUAGGUUAUUGCACACAAUAAUGCAACUGCCGGCGUCAAGUUUAGAGACAUGGAAGCUGUAGAUCUGAAAUUCAAGGUGGCAGUCGGUUGUAUCCGUGUCAUCUUCUUAAACAAAUUUGUGAUGAAGCUGCUGGUCAGUUAACUUUAUUAGCGUCAAUAUUAUUAGCAUUUGUGAUUCCUUACAGUUGCAGAAAUUGAAGUUAGUAAAGCUCUAGGAUUUUGUGUUGUAUAUUUUCAUGGAAAUUUUUUCGGCCUUUAAUUUUAAUAAAAUUCUAUUCAUUGAACUGAUAUUUAAUGCGCCUCAGCCAAGAGCAAUGAAAUGGCUUUUACUUUUUUUUCAGACUGCGAGUUACAUGUAACUAGUACGGUUAAUUUUACCUGAGUAGAUAUGAUCACUUUAUCUUUCGGAGGAUGAAAUCAUUGCAAGCUCAGAUAUGAAUCUCUGUGUUAUUUCAGGACUUUUUGAACAAGUUUCAGCGGGCAAAGGAUGCUAUGGAGUAUGCCAGAAAAACUGCAGCUGAGUCAGCCAGUGCAAUAGUGAGUCACCAGCCGUUAUAAAGAACAAGUCUGUAAGAAUCAAACAUCUUGGGAAAUGAAAAUUUUCAAACCCCCUUCAAAUUUGCAUGCAGUUAGGUACUCAGGGGGGUUGCACAAAAAUGCCCCUUUUAAAGGUUGGAGCGCUCUUGAGGCCUGAGGCCUCAUUUUCAUACAAAAACGUCGCAAAAAAAGAAUGAAAUGUUUAUUUCUCUAUCUCAAGCUAAAUACAAUAUUACAAAUUGGCACUUCUACCAUACAUAGUGACAUCAUUCGUCUUUACUUUGAUACAUUUAAUUUUAAUUUUAACAACGGCUCCUUGUUCGAGGCCUGAGGCCUCAUUUUCAUACAAAAACGUCGCAAAAAAAGAGUGAAAUGUUUAUUUCUCUAUCUCAAGCUAAAUACAACAUUAUAAAUUGGCACUUCUACCACACAUACUGACAUCAUUCGUCUUCAAACUGAUUUAUUCAAUUUUCCCUCGAACAAGGAGCCGUUGUUACCAUGGCAACAAGAAUGCUGCAACCUUUAAAAAGGGCAUUUUUGUGCAUCCCCCUGAGUGCCUAACAAAAUUUGAAAAGGGGUUGAAAAUUUUAAUUUCCCAAGAUGUUUGAUUCUUACAGAGACUUGUUCUUGAAAACCUUUACAUCUUGACCCAUUCCACUCCCAGUAUAAUUGUCCUUACUCAGUGGUUCCUAUUUAAUUCUUAAGACGUUGUUUGAGAGAGUUUGGUGUUAGAUCAAGUAAUAAUUCCCGUAAUUGAUAUAUUUCUGUAUUCUCAUCCCUUGUAUGCUUGAUAUUGUACUGAUUUGUGAGGAGAAACUCUGUCUUGGUCACUUGCAAUUAAAGGGUUAGCAGCGGUAUUUAUGUUGUUCAUACUGCUCUACAUACUAUUUUUAUUGUUUUGACAAGGAGAAUUUGUUCAAAAUAAAGAGAUUCCUAAUUUGGUCUUGAUGUUUGAUUAAAGGGAAAUACUGUAAAGUAAAAUUAGACGCUAUUCACAGUUAGGAACAAAAGGGUGACGCCGUUAUAACAAGCCGUGUGGUUGACGCACUUUAUUAGAUGUAAAUUUGUGUUUUUCUGACUUUUAGAUUCAGAGUUUGCAAACUCAAAGCUCAAGAAUAAGCUUGAAAGUUUCUAUUCAAGCACCGGAGGUUAUCAUUCCUGUGAGUUCGACGUCUCGCGAUGCACUUGUUGCAAAUCUUGGUCACCUUAGUGUGUCAAAUACCUUCAACCUUGCACAUGAUGGAAAGGAUCCUGAAGGAAGUGAUACUGUUGUUAUUGACAACAUGGUGGUGGAACUUAGUUCUGUAAAACUGUCGAGGUAUUGAUUUCAUCAUUUAUUCCAGCGCUUUUGAAACACGGUUGAUUUAAUGGCUCGUGCGGCUGUGUAUACCUUCAGCCUGAAGCCACUCCUCUUAGCCAUUUGGGCGGGCGUUGAGCUGCUUUGUUUAGAUAUCGUUUAAGGCAUUCCAAACGUUAGGAGACAGGCUUAAAUUCAAUAGAGUUCAUGUUCUCACGAGAAGCUUGUAAGCACCCCAUGUAUUAGGUGUCCACGAUAAGUCUUCGGUUCCUAUUUAAACUCGCUAUUGUUUCGUGGUGCGAAUUGCCUAAAAUAAGCGCAUGAACAAAUUAUUUACUUAAGUGUCUAGAUUUUUGUUUGCACUAAUUGGUUGUCUAGCUAAAGAAUCACGUGACUGGUUGAGAACGUGGAGUUAGUUUUCCUGUUAAAUUCAUGAGCUUAGAACUGUAAAACUCAAAUUCAAGUUACCGGGAUUCCGUGUUGACCUUGGUAAAUCCAUGCAAUCAAGAAAUAGAUUGUGAAAGAUGAUGUUAUUCAGUGAAUGACACAGGCAUAUCUCGAAAAAGAAUUCCGAGUGCUCCCAAAAUGAGUUGAACCAAAGACCUUCCGGUUAGUACUUGGAAUACUCUGCCACUCAGGCUUCGCUGUAAGAGACUCGUGGAACAAAAUCCAUGGUAACAAAUUAUCUGUAAUCGAUAUGAAAUACUUCUACCCGAUGAUAUAACUGAGGAAGGUAAAUUUUUAAGCCUGGUGAAAGAUGAUGUUAUGCAGUGAAUGACACAGGCAUACUCAGAAAAAAGAACUCCAGAAAGAAAUGCAUAGUUUGCUGCUAGGUGAAGGCGAAGAGGUUAAAAAUGUGUGCCACACUCAUGUCUGAUGAAAUAAUCCUUUUCCUUUUUUAUAAUAAGAGCUGUGAUGACUGAUGGGGAAACCAUAGGACCCACCCAACUGGUCCUUGAACCAGCGAAUGUGACAGUUCAUGUGGCUCGAAACUUGUCUCCUUGGUAUCGCGAUGUGCCUGAUAUCGAUGUGAAGGGAAAGCUUCUUGCAGUUAAGGUUAGUUUAUUGACGAACAGCACUUGAAAGGGGAAUAAACAAUUGUACAAAUUCAAAACAGAAUGGUUUGCAUUUCGUAAUUUAUUCCCACCAUUGAAUAAUUUCAAUCUCGGUAUACAUUCUUUAACUCGGUAGACAUCCCUUCAGUCACAUGGUGGCCUUUUGAAUACAUCAACUUGGACGUCUAGAUAACUCGCCGUGUUUUAAAAGAAAGUAUUUUGCCAUUAAGGUACUUAGAUUGAGAUUUAAGUGAGAUUUAUUGUGGGAAGAAAUCAAAGUACAGUGUGGCUUCCCAUAUUUCUUCUGAAAUUCAACUAAAUUUUUUUUUUGAGGGUACGUGCCGUUGGUUAGCGUAAGUUAAUGCAGCUUUAAACAUAACAUCGACUAACUGCUGUGUGGGGUGAAAAGUUACCCAAAAGCAGAUUGGUGUGAACCUACCUCGUUCUAACUCGUCAAAAAUUAGAGAUUUUAGAUAGUAUUACAGACUGAGUGAGUUAUGUCUUUGUACAGUUAUGUGCUGGUGAAGAUGAAAUAAGAACUAUACAAGGGAUCUUGUUCAAGAAUCUCAGUGAAGGAGUCACAUCUCGCACAGGUAAAGGUGUCGCAAUGAGUAGCCACUGAAAAUUUAUAUCUUUGAUUUUAUAGUUAUUUUGACACUGAUCACCGAUGUUUUCACAAUUGCAGAAGAGAUCAGCAUUAUAACACAAGAUACAGUUGGUAAGAUUCUCCCUUUUUUACAUAGAUUUCUCGAGGGUGUUAUUAUGACAAUCCCUAUUAUGUUCACCAAACACCUCAAGUCGACAAAAACAAAUGGGUAAUAAACUUAUCUUCACGCCCCCUCAGCGACACUGUGGUAUCGUUACUUAAAAAAAAAGGGUUGAAUUUCGCAGUAGCUCCAUCCAACAUCUCAGCCACCGAAAUAGUCGCCAAAGUCUAGUCGGCAAAAAGAACGCUUGACUCAGAGCAAGCAGACACCGUGAGACGAACUGUAAACGGUAUCCUUCGACAAGCCAAACCACCUAAGCCUAACACCACGAAGGAUAUGCAAGUAGCCCUUAAGAAUCUAAAACAAGAUGACACUAUCACUAUUCUGCCAGCGGACAAAGGCCGCGCUAGUGUGGUCCUAGACACAAACAUCUACCAUAACAAAAUGAAAACCUUAAUCGAAACGGGUCCGUACCGACUCCUUAACAAAGACCGAACAGAACGGCUAAGCCGUAAACUCACUGACAAGACAGGGACAUACGGUUUGCUCCUACUCAGACCUCUACGGUUUCGGAGCACGCUAACGAAACGGGGCAUAUUCCUAUUUGGAUCAAGGUAAGUUUAUUGAUCGUGACCCCCACUGGUACACACGUAGGGUCAAAGAGGCUAUCCAUAUCAGACUUCAUCCCAACAACAUCAAUAGGGAUAGCGGAAUCGACAUCCUCGAAGCUUGGAUACCUACGAUCAAACAACACAACAGCCGAUUUAUGAGGACUUAUGAGGGAACUCUAUCUAACGACCGGAAUAAUAAUGAGGAUCGAAAUGCGCCGAUAGCAGCGUACCAACGUGCUACAAAUAGCAAACAAUCGACCUCAUCGCCUGAUGAAGACUGGCAGUAUUGCAGUCGAAACGUUGCGAUCUACGUCAUAAGUGACUAUAUCGUGAGACAAACGAACAAAGUUCAUCUCCUAUCUUACACCACGAUGAACAACAUGCACAUAUUUUAUUACAACUCCUAUUACCUUCUUAUGCCUCUCCCACUGUUAUUACCAGUUGUGCUAGUUUCUAUUAAGGUCCUUUGACGUUUGGGCUGAAAAUUAGGGGAAGUAAGGACGAACCAAGUUCUGAAUUCUUUUGGCUCUUUUUAUGUGGCAAUAUGACACUAAAAUGAGGACAAGCUAACAUUCAAGCAAAUAUAACACUUAAUCACUGAGUAAAUGUUUUAGUCUAGGACCUGAAAUAUGAAAUUCUAAUUUACUUAAUAUGGCUUAAAUAGUCAUGCCUUACCUUUCAGAUUCCGCAGGCGGUGCCAGUCGAAGCCUGAGUGUUGCAGAAUCAGCUUCGAGUGAUGGUGUGUGGGACUUUGUGAAGUUUUCAUUUGAGAUUGAAGAAGUUUCAGCUGGAGUGUUCUGGAAGGAAAAGGAAAAGGUUUGUUACGUGCUAAAUGUAAUUUGUUAUUAUCAACUGAGUUGAUAACGUAAAUUGGACACCGCGAAGAAUUUCAAAGCUGAUGUUUCGCUCUAUCGAAGGGCUAACGCUCGAAAUAUCAGCUUUGGGACUCUUUUCGGUGGCCAAUUUACAUUAUCAAUUCACUUGAUAAUACCGAAUUACCCUGUUAUACUCUCAUACCGACGCGGCAAAACAGUUUCUUCAGAAACGUACCCCCUUUAUAACUGCUCAAUGAUCGUGCCAGGGAUAGCUAAGGUGGGUAAUGUAAAAUCAUAAAAUGUUUUUGUCCAUUUUUACACGAUGCUCCAUCAGUUGCUUCAGCCUGCCAGCGCCACGUCAUCCAGAGAUGCAGAAUGCUGUCUAGGGCAGUUCUCGCUGGUCCAGGUUAAAGCCUCAGGGAGUAUCAAAUCCAACUCGGCAAUAAAGGCCAGUGUGACGUUAGAGAGUUGUAUUCUCGAUGAUAAAAGGCCGCAGAGUGAGGAAGGAGUCACAAGGUAAGAAAUGAUGCAAAAAUGUGUAGUUCACCAGUGUUACGUUUCUCAUUUUGACUUUUUACUAAUUUGUCGCCUUCUGCAAUACAAGGAGUACUAGAGGCGCCUCAAGGCGUCGCCCCUUACAUGGUUGCCUCAUGUUCCGUCGCCCCCUUGCGAAGUUCCUCCGCUCCGAAAUAUGGUUGCAUUGCCCCCAACUUUUGAUCUAAAUUUAAUUGAGGUUUUUAACGCACAUCAUCGUCCGGUGUCGUUCCAAAGCAAUGAUAACAACUCAUCAAAACAAAGGAAAAUCCAGUGAAGCCAAUGAGAAGUCAAUGUAGAAAGCGACUCGCUUCGUUUUUUUGGUUGUGUCGUAUCAUAGCGCGAACAAAGGGAAUGUAACUGAGGAUCACUCUAAGUACUUAGUUGAUAAAUGCUUCAAGUCAUGUAGCGUGUUAAUCUAUGCACUUGCUGUCUAUGGAAAAAUUACAAUGUUGGUUUUCAGGAUGAUUGAAAAGUUUGGUGGUGGCUCAAGUGAUGUUGAAAACAUGAUCGAUAUUCAGUUCCAGCAAACUGCUGCUCAGGAUAAAAAUAGUAAGUUUGAUUAUGAUUUUCAUUCUUACGGUCACGUUGUCAUUUGGUGACAACUCAGCUUAGGGGUGAAAUUUUCCUUCCACAUGCACUUGUGGCUCACGAGAGACACAAAGCUCUCUAUAACAUUGUAAAAAUCUCUAUGUUUGCUCUUGUGUUUGAUAUCUUUGUUAUAGAAGCAGAAAGGUAAACGUCGAAAAUUCCACCAUUUUUUCAUCACUCCAUCAAUUGAAUGUGAACCUAAAAUAUAAUCCGAAAUUAAGAUUAUUGUUUUAUUCUAAUUUAAAGACUAACUUUCAUGUAGGAAGAACACUUUGUUCUUUGUUUUCAUCCUUGCUGCUGCAGUACAAAAUUGACUGUGAUAAUGAGGUAAAUAAUUUUAGAAUAUUAGCCUACAGAUCAGUUUUCCAUUGACUGACGUAAAACCAAAACCAAAGUUAUCCCAAUAGCCAAUCAUAACGAAGGUUUGUGACAUCAUUGAUCGAUGAGGACUCAUUUAAAAUAGGGAAAUAAAAAACGUGGGCAACCAAACCGCGAUCGGUUAUCUUUUGACGUCUGAUUGGCCUAAAGCAUGGCAAAAGAUUUCUAGAUCAAUCACAUACCGAAGUAAAGCAAAACCAAAGCAAUAUCAGAUUACUUUCGACGCUCAAUUGAUAAUUGCUUUAUUAGUUUGUAGUUAAAUGUGAUUGAAACCAGAGUGUGUAGAAUACAUUAAGACAUUGGGGUACCGUUGUUUUGAGGCCGAAAACUCAAACUUCGCCUUUUUCUGCUUACAUAUUCAGUUGAGAUGGAAAUAAAGAGCUUCAACGCGGUAGUGAACCUGGAGUUUCUACUGGUUCUGUCUAAAGUGUUUACGUCAGCGUUAGCCACGGAUGAAUCAGACAGCACGUUAUUACUUGCCUCUAAACACGUAUCUCAGAAGGUGGCUAUUACACAUCCAUCUGUCACUGUUGCGAACACCGAUAAAGAACCACCACAAAUCGUCGUUCAGAUCGCCAUUAAAGACCCGGAAAUUAUCUUGCUAGCAGAUGGAAGAGACAAAAAUACCAAUGCUCUCUUCUUGAAGGUUAGUACAAAUCCAACGGUGCAUAGUUGACUAGACAGAGAAAGAAGUUCACAUCCAAUUAACCCUCUACACCAUCAGUGUAAACAUCAGUAUGCAUAUUCUCCAUACUGUUCUCUAUACAUUUCCUUAGGUGCUCACAAGGAGAAUAUGUUUAACAAUCAAGAGUUUCUUUAGUUGGUGAUCAUUUUCUUUGUUCUCUUGACCUAAAUGUUUGAUUUAGGGGUGAUUUUCUAGAGAGAAAUUAGAUUCUAGUCACUCGUAGGGGUCAAAGGGUUGAACACUACUUUGCAACCAAACAAAAGAAGGUUCAGCAGGUAAUUUAGUGUCAACAACUGAGUUGAAAACGUAAAUUGGCCACCGUAAAGAGUAAAAAAGCUGACGUUUCGAGCGUUAGCCCUUUGUCAGAACGCUCGAAACGUCAGCUUUUUUACUCCUUACGGUGGCCAAUUUACGUUUUCAACUCAGUUGUUGACACUAAAUUACCUGCCUUACUCUCCCACCGACGCAGCACCACAGUUUCUUUAGAAACUCACCCCCCUUUAAAAGAAGGUUCAAACGAGCAGUCAAGGAUGGAAGCUAACAUACCACAAAGCAAAGAGUCAGUCAAACAAACGGGCAGACAGAUCUACACGUAUAACUUAGAAAGAAACUACUGAAAAGGAAGAAAUAGCUAUCGAAUUGGCUUUCGAAGCCACAGUUUAAUCGAGUCUGUUGAUGUAAAAAGUUACGGAGAGACAUUUCUUGAAAGGUAUUCGCGAAGGGUGAAUCGAGUUUGAAAAAAACGGCUUGUGACCCUUGUACUUAAGGAUUUGAUUCCCAUGAAAAGUGGAACUGUGACGGUUUACAUCUCACGGCCACUUCUUUUGUAAAAGUUUUAGUAAAUUAUAUAUUCAUGAGUGUUUUAUAUUCUCAAACAUAAGGGAAUAGUUUAUUCCACGUUUUUUUCUUUUUUUUUCGUGCAGAAUACAAUCGAUUUCCGCUUUGUUCAGGGUCUUGGACAGCAAAACAUGUCAGGUUCUGUUUCAGAUGUCGUAAUUAACUUAGCAGCGUUUGACAAGGAGAGAAGAGCUUCAACCAAAUCCAGGGUGAAACUUUAUUCCUUUUUACUUGAGGGUGUAGUGAAUUGAUCAGCGGUGCGACAACGUGACUAGAGGAGUCAAUUUACCUCCCAGAGCUCUUGGGUUCGAGUCUUAGGUCACGAUUGUAAAUAGCGAACUACGCGCCGGGAUUUUCAACCUCGAUGAAGAAACUUUCAAUUGAGUGUCCAAAUCAAUCUAAGGUUUCUUUGGUUUACUUUACUUUGUUGUGUGAUUGGUCCAGAAAGUCGCCCUCCUUUCUUAACUAAUCAGAUUCAAAACUUCAGCCAAUUGCGACUUGGUCACAGGCUUUUUCUUGCGUUCCCGUCGCACUCAAUCGAAAUGCGCUCUUUGCUUUAACUGAAUGCGUGGUUUUUCCCAAAGAGUAGCCCAGAUCCUCCAUGUUUUCUGCCUUAAAAAACAUCAGAGAGUAAGCUUUUCAUGUAUUAAUGUUUCUCCCUGACAAGUUAUUUGAACAGUUUACUUACCUUUUCAUUUGCAGGUUCUUCAGCUUUCGCAUAUAUAUUUUGUAAGCUCGGUACCAGAAGGCAGUAGCAUGCAUAUUGACGUAUCAACAGCAAUGGCUUAUAUACACGUGUCGCCUCCUACGAUCAGGACAUUAACAGCGUGUCUGAUGUCAUUAGCCCCAGCUAAGGUUUGUGUAGCUUACAGAACCAUUGGUAAGAACGCAUUUGGAAGUUUUGUGUGUCUCAUGAACAUAUUGAUAAGAAUAGUUUUUUUUAAGGUUUCUAUGAGUUACGAAAUCCUUUUUAACCCUUUCACUCCCAAGAUUUCAUUACUGAAUCUCCUUGCUGGUUGAUAGACAAUUUUCAUGAUUUUACUUCGGAGAAUUUGUCAUUGGAUCGACUGAUAAUCCCUUGUUGAUAUUUUUCUUUAUUCUCAUCACUUGUCUGCUUUAUAUCGUAUUGAUAACGUAAGGAAAAGUUGUGUCUUGAUCACUCAUGGAAGUUAAGGGGUUAAGAAACCAUCUGUAAAAAUCCUUAUUCAACGUUUUUAUGACUUAUUAACCGAUACGAAAGAGUCAAGUUGAAUGUCUGUUCGUGUUUCAUCAUUCGUAUUAUCUUCCUUUUCGAUUUUUUCUCUCCAGACGGAAGAAGAUGGAAAGAAGGCAACUGAAAGUGCUAUAGACUUAUGGAAUGAAAAGCCAAUUACGACUAAGGAUCGAUGGUAUUUAUCCCCAGGUGAGGCAAACGUUACGUUUAUUUAACGUACUGUAUGCCUAGAUGAAGGAACCAUCUUUUGACGGAGUAAAAGUUAUCCAUCCUGUUUCUGAGGUUGCGUGCAAAUUAUUUGCUCAGAUGAAGAAAAACGGAAUGCUUUGCUCAGUAUUUCCUUGUAUAUUGCCAAAAAUAGAUAAAAGUAAUUUUUUUUAGAUAUCAUUGAUGUUGAACUUUCAGAAUAUAACGGCUAUGAUCCAGACAUUAUGGUACAGGUUUACCUUUAAGUAUUCUAUAGAGCCCAAAAGGUUUUCUUUUUUUUUUGAGGGGGGUGGGGGGGUGGAGAGGGUUAGUUUAUGGGUGAGAACACUCACUCCCCUCUUGUGAGGGCUGGGAUUGAGACAUUUAUCUUCUACGAAAACUAAGACCAAAUUCUUAUUAUUCAGGCGCUUAGUAGCAGGUUUGAAUUUAAAAUUUGGGUUUAUUCGUUUUCGGUCAAAAAUCGUCGUCAGGGUCUAAACCGCAUUUGAGUGUGCAAGUUUUCCAAUGUAGGCUUCGGGAUCUAGUUGUAAGCAUUUAAAAACAAUUCGUGAAGGGAAUGACAGUUUUCGUGAGUUUUUUAAAUAUUUCUUGCAUGCCCGUACUUGAUGUCCGUACUCUUAAUAAGAACUCUUGAGAAUUCCCGUGUUUUUAAGGCUGGGGUAAACUUUUCACGUUUGUGAUUUGCGUUUUAGUUCCAGAAGACCAGCUUGUUCCUGGGAGACGGGUGCUUGCCAGAGCUUUGACUAACAUGAAGUUGUAUGAUCCGGGAUAUAUUUACGUGGCUUUGGAAAACAUGAUUGGUGUCCACUUUGACGGCGGCUUCCCAACUGCCUAUGAUCCAAAUGACAUUACCGCUAUUGUGGUGGACAAAGAUCCGGAUCCUAAAGCUCUGGUUGUUGGUACACCUGUGGUAGCCAAGCGUUUAAACGAUUCAUCUCAUGUCGAAGGAAAAGUGAAAGCAAGGAAAGAGGAGAAUGGAAAGGAAACAUAUUUAAUUGACUUUUUGGAUGGCAUCGGACAAUGGGAUACUCUAAAUCAGAUUCGUAUUCUCACCACUAGUAAGCCAGGAGGUAUGAAGUUUGAGGAGUUGUGGCUGAUAAUUCCAGCUAUGUUACAUGUCUGUUGUCAGCAUAGGUUCACAUUAGUCCAGCUGUGUUGGUUGGGAAAGUUACGAAAUUAGCUCGAAUAACCGGAGACUGAACUAAACCCCAUCGGAUUCAGUGCGAACGAAGAUCGCCGUUUAAUAUUUGAAAAAUUUAAAUGAACUUCAUGCUUUGCAAGUGCAUCUAAAAUCAAAGAUGCGCAUGUAAUAGUCUACCUCAGUUUUUUUUUUUUUUUUGUAGUUUGUAGGGGGCAGAUUGAAGUGUCAUCCAUCGUAUUUGUCAGAUUAAAAGACGAGAUGUACAGGAGAGGUUUUGUCUCCAGCAAAACAUACAGGAAACAUGUGAUACGGGUAAUCGGUGAAGUGGCGAUUAUCAGCGUAGACGUAAACGACAGUGCGGCGGUAGUACCAGAUGUUAUCCCAGAUGCAGCUUCUCUUACUGUUGGAAGAACAGUUAUUGCUACAGUUGACACUGCUUUUUGGGAGGCGGGAUUUAUCGUUCAGAUUCGGACACUAGACGAUUCAGGAGGGGAUAUUUACCGUGUCAGGUUCUUAAAUGGUGGCGAUACGUGGAUUUUUAACGUCAACAACAUCCGUAUUUUGAUGACAAGGAAACCCAAUGGUACGUGUGGCUACGACUCUAAAACAAUUUUCAAUUGAGUUUCGAAAGUAAUGCGGAAUUGGUUUUGUUUUGCUAUACUGCAUCAUAGGAUUGGACAAGGAAACACGUGCUACUUCCUCAACCAAUCAGGUUCAGCUCUAAAACAAUUACAACUUGGUCGCCCGCAUUUUCCCUCGCUUCAGUCAGUGUACAUGUCUUUAGUUUCAGUUCUCAUUAGUUCCGUGUGGUAAUAUCCUUUGUUCUCAUUUACUGUUUUGAGAUUCGCAGUAUUAUCACAUGUAGGAGAUAAAUAAAUGUAAAUUAUAUGUCAUGGUUAGAGAGACGCCACAAAAGAUGAAUCGACGGACUCUAGUAGCUUCGUAGGCAAUAUAUAUUCUCUUUCCUGUUAUGAAAACUACAAGGCAAGGUAGAAGGAGUUGUUCAUAAGCGAGUGGUUAUAAUUGCCGUGAAGAGGACAUAAAAUCAUAUUCAUUAAAUAGUUCUAGUGUACCUAGUGUAUUCUGCGCAAAACGCUACGUAAAUUCUAGGGCAAUCGUUUUUUCGAUGUGCUAGAUCCAGAAAGGUGGAAAUCUAGAAUCAGUGCUUGAGUAAAUGAGACAGUUGUUGCCUUGCUAUUUUCUCUCUUUAGUCCCAGAAGGCAUUUUAGAAGUGGGUACAGUGGUAUGGGCACACACGUCCAAAAUACGCUACUACAAAGGAUUUGUCGCCUACAAAGGAACAAAGCUGCAUGUUGAUCUCUAUGACGGAGAUAAAUUUGUGUACGAAAUGAAAGAUGCGUCACACAGAGUGAUUCCUGAUGUGCCGCCAAAGGCGGCAGAUAUCAAACCUGGAACCAGAGUUAUAGCCAAGUUUAAGAACAAGCCUCGGUACUACAGUUCUACAGUGAUGGAGGUGGACGCCUCUGAGCCAAGCGAACCGAUGUAUCAUGUGAAGCUUGACGAUGGAGAUGAGACGUGGGAUUCUUUGUAUCAUCUCAGACUUUUACCCAAAGAGGUUCAAGUUGGAAGUACGUUUUGGAAUGUUUGUCUUAGCUUCUUCACGAUGAGCUAACGAUCUGUUAUGAAUUGUCUUGGGAUGGUCUGUUGUUAUCCUUUGCGAUUGACCUAAAGGAAAAAUAUUGUAUCCUUCAUCUCUAGGUGAGGAGAAGCCUCCCAACCAUGUUAAUGCCAACGAGGCUGGUAACCAUGAAACAGAAUUGGUAAGUUUACAAGGGCGUAGCCUAGGGGUUUCUUGUGGUGCCUGUGACUUCCUCCCCCUUCUUUUAGACACAAUUUUGUAAGAGGUCAAGCAAAUACAAAUCUCAUGAUUCAGAUUUGAGAAAACAAGCGAAUCCGAAGAAUCUACCCGGCAUAAAUUUUUCCAAUGCUAGGUACACUAUUGGUCCAUCGCUCUUGCCGUUAAUAAUGCGAGUCCGCUGAUACACAAGGAAGAGAAGCGGUAAAAGACAGUUUACCUACGACGUGCGGAAAUCAAUAACUUCCCAUCCCCGCUUCUAAAAAAAAUCUUAGCUGCGCCCCCGCUACAAGAAACAUUUUAGAUCCAGAUCAGUCAUCCUGAUAUUUUUAGGGGCCACCAGAGAUUAAUUUUCCAUUCAUAACGAUAAUUCAAAUUUUUAUUUUCUUUCUCAGUUGGUUUUUAAAAUGGAAGGACUCGACAUCAAGCUGGAAGGUUUGUUUGGCAGCCAAGUGAUUCCAUUGCUGUCCGUUGAUGGAUCCAUCGAAGGAGAAGUUCGGAACUGGUCUUCGGCAGUAAGUAAAAAAAUGUAUAACGUAUACUGUAGCAAUUAUUUUUUGAAAGACAAUGGUUCAUUUUCAUGUGAAUCUUUUAUCAGUAAAAGCGACUUUUGAAUCUUAAUACCUCUUUCAACUUUUCCGAGUGAUAGUAAAAGGCUUUUUCUCGUUAUCGAGUUUGAUAAGAUUUUUGUAGAGAAUUGGGGUAGUUUACUACGCCUAUGCUGUAUUUUGGCGUUUUGUUGUUGAUAUUAUUAUUUUUGUUUACUUUUCGUUGUUCCCUUUUAUUUUGUUAGGGACCCGUCUCCCUAAUAGCUGGUGCACUUGAUUCUGUGUUAAAAAAUCCAAAAGUGGGGGCCUUGGAGCCCUUUUCUCGAAAGUCCCCAGCCCGAAGCCAAAUUUUAAAAUCAAAAUCUGAAGCAUAGAGAAGCAGUUUCUCUCACCUUAACAAGUAUAAUUCGUUUCUUUAGCUGAUAGUUAAGUACCAUCAUUUUUAAAUUUUUUUUUUAAAACUUUUGAAAUCCCCAUCUUAAAUGAAAACAAAACAGCUUUACGGGUCCGUUAAGUUACCAGGACCGGGCUGUUCUGUUUUCAUUUAAGAUAGGGUUUUCAAUAGUUUUGAAAGUUAUACAAUAAAAAUAUCAGCUAAAACCAAACUGGAUUAGUAAGGGUACCAGAACCUACUUCUCUAUUUAAAUUUUGAUUUUAAGAUGUGGCUUCGGGUCCAUUUAGUUACCCGAACUUUCGAGAAACAAACCCCUGGUCACAGAGUUGUGUUCCUGGUCGUGACAAUUGACUCUCACGGUGCCUUUCCUCUCAAGAGCGUAAAAGGAUACCAACGAAUUCUCAGCGAAACCUUUCGAAAUGCUGAGAGGGGAUAACCUGCGAUGGACAAGAAUCCCAUUCAGGGGGUGUAGCAAUGGCGGUACUCCUACUCGUCUUAUGCUACAGAAACCGAGACAAAGCUCGGUCGGAAUAGUCCCUUGGCUGGUUUAUGUGACUUGGCGUUUUUAUUUAUUUCAGUUGUCAGUCUAUGCUCGAGUCGGCGUCAUUGGAAACUAUUUCAACGAAAGUGUGUCUGAAUGGGAACCUCUUAUUGAGCAGGUGGAGGAUGAAAACGGCACUUAUCGACAUUGGGAAGUUAAUUUUGACGUGAGUUAAUUCUCGUAGCGAAGAAAAAAACUCUCACUUUUUCCACAAGUUACAAAUUUUUUCCUUUUUUUCACCGUAGCUAUCUUUAGCAAAUGGUGGAGAUGAAAAAAGCAGUUUGGAUGACAAUUCAGAGGCAGCCGUGACUCUGGCAGUUCGAUCAAAGGAUGAAUUACAGCUGACUGUAACAAAAACAUGUCUGGACAUCUUCACUAAACUCGGAGCGGUCAGUACAAAACUAGCAGGAUGAUGAUAGUGAUAAAAAUAACUGCCACAGUAACGAUUAUGAUACUGAUAAUGACCAGAAUGAAAACAAUCACGACUUUAAAGAUAACAAAAAUGACUGAAGUCUCCUUCCAAGCUGUCUUUGGUAUGUCACGCAUGUCACGCAACCCUUAAAGAAAAUUCACUGUUAAAUUAAUUCUGUUACAAAUAUUGAAAUACCUAUUCAUGUCAGUAGGCUUUCAAAGAGGCUGUUACUCUGAAGGGUACAAGAAGAGUGGUAGCCAUUGAAGACGUUCCACCCUAUCAGAUAUGGAAUGAGGUUUGUUAUCAACAGCUUCUUUUUUAUGUAUUUUUCCAGCGAUAUCACUAACUGUCAUGUUUUGAUGCUUGUUAGCUUGGAAUGGAAGUGAAACUUCGUCCGGGAAAACAGCUUAUGGUAUGUUGUCAUCGUACUUUUCUUGGCUCCAAAAUUCCUGAAUCUUCUUUUUCCUCUUUCUAUGAGGCGGAAUUUGAUAGAUGCUGCAAGUCAGGAUGAAAAAUCGUGAAUGUUAAACAAGUUCAGUUUGAAAAAGAAACCUUUUCUUAACGGAUACUAACGGGGUCCCGUUUGUGUUCGAUCAAGAUAAUUUGUAUACUCGUCUGUUAAGAGGACGUCAAAGAAAUCCCGUCCUAGCUUUCUUUAAAGUGAAGAAAAGUUAUAGCCAUUGAACGCGUGUUAUGUGAAAGGAGCCAUAUCAAGGUUUGCGUUAGAGCAAUUUUCAAUUCACAGUCUUAAGAAAUCCGAGAUUGCGUUACUUUGUUCUGUCCAAAAAAACUGGCGUCACUCUGUCAAAAAUCAGAAUCCAAACCUAAAACCAACCAUGACUUAGUCGCCCGCGUUUUCCCGCAGUUUGGUUGUUUUUACGUGGAGUUCUCAUUGGCUCUUGGAGAUAUUUUCCUUUCCUCUGAUUGGACGUUGUGAUUACUUCGGUUUUGCUUCAGCUGUACUCGGUAUGCAUUGUAUUUAAUUGUGUAUUUGUGUUAUGAUAGAUUGCAAGCGGGGUUGAUCGAGAUGGCAUGAUUACAGUGCUUCCAGGUCAAAGGCUUUCCCUACGCUUUGCCAAAGGCGUUCACAAAAGAACCACCCGAUACGAAAGAGCAAAUAAUACAUCCGGAGGAGCGGGGCCUAGUAUUGGUGUUGAGGUGAGAACAGCCAAUAAACUCAAACUUCCAAAUGUAGUGGAUGUGUAUUUUCGCCAAAAGAAACUGGGAUAGAGAAUGGUUUGAAACCAGAAGUAACAGCUGAUCGUGUAGUCUGAUCGUCCGGGUUUGAGUAGUCCAUAGAAAAACUGUUGUCGCUAACAGUAACUAAUGUUUCAAUAACCUUAGCGGCAGUCAUUAUUACAGUCAAGUGUCAGUUUGGUUCGUGUGAACUGAUUGCUCAAUUUUGUCGUGAUGGUAUUUGGUAUAAGAAUCAGUCAGCGUUAGUCAUGCGUCUUUUGUCGUGUAAAUGUGAUUAAAUCUUUUGUAUGGUGCUGGUGGUUGUAGACAUAUUUUGCGGGGAGGCUCUUCCAAGUAAAGAACCAGCUUUUCAGCAGCAGUUACAAAGAUUUCCGAGGAUAUGAUUUAUUUCGUCUGUCUGCAGUGCCCAAAAAAUCACAAAACUUGAAAUCCUAAGAAACCCUGACUUGAAUCUUGUUUUGAAAUCAUUAGGUGCAAGGCUAUCAUGAGAUGAAACCUGUCUCAAUCAAACAAGCAAGAGUUAUCUUACAAAAUGUCAUCCCCAAAAAGGUAAGAACAAAUAAACGAUGACAGGCAAAAAUAAAUUAUAAUUAAGUAUAAUAAGAAUAGGUAUAAACAAUAAAAUGUAAUUUUGUAUACUGAUACCCUUUUUGUUGAUUGAACAAAGAACAAUUUCCGUCGUCUUAAAUGUGGAACUGGUAUCUAAAAACAGCUCUUAGAACAGUUGAUCCAAAUGCACAUUUUAUUUAAAUGUUGGAUCAAGUAAGUUGGCUUUCUGCUUCACCAAGCCACUCAAAUAUUGUUGUUCUCCGGCCUAACUGGAUUUAACUGAUCAGCCGAUGUACCACCUCAAUUAAUUUAAAUUUUUGAAACACAGCUCAUAUUUUUUUCUUUUUCAAAUCUUACUGUACAUAAUUGUCAGUUGUAGUAGGCUAGAAACACCUCAGAGAUGUUUGUAAAGUAUUAAAAGUGAGAUAAAUACUUUUUUUUUUCCUGUCAAGUAUGACUGAGGUAACUUUCCACCAGAUUUUUCCAGCCAACGUUACGGUGAUCAGUGUCUAGUUAUUGAAUUUACAGAAAAUGAAUUCUAACGUCGUUGUUUAACCAAAACCGUGUCAUGAUGCAGUAAUAUUGACCUCGUUUCUUGCUUUAAUUAUGUCUGGAGGUGAUGUUCUGAUGAAAUAAGAGAAAUUUAUGUUAAGAUUAAUGAAUAAUGUAAUAAUUGAGUUUAAUUUAAAUAAAUCACUUUAGGGCACAUUUCAAUUGAUUGUCAUCAAAAACCAGUGAUGAAAAAUACAUGGGAAAAUACAAAAUGACAAAGUUGCGGUUGGGUUUUAGUACUGUUUUGCAUCUCAUCAGUUAAGAAUGUAAGUUUUCGAAACCGACCAGAGACCAAAGUAGAGCAAAACUAAAGUAAUCUUAGAUGCCUUUUGACACUCAGUUGAAAAUUGCUUUUGAAUUCUCUGCAUGCUUAGUUAGUAUUCUUACAUUUUAGUUUAUAGAUAUGAUCGUUUUAUUACCAGCAAUGAGCACCAUAAACGAAAUGGUCCUGAUAACGGAUCUUGACUCAAAUUAGGUGAAGGGCAAGUACCCUAAAUUAACGGCUCUCUAAUGGGAAACGUGAUUUUAUAAACGACUUUAGCUUUCUCGACUCUUCUGUGGGCUCAAUUCUGGCUUUCAACGCUAACCACUCGUCUCUGUUUCAGAAAUACUGGUAUACUGAUAACCCUAUAAAUUAUAUUUCUUAUUGGUCAAUGUCAGUAUCUGUACAGCUGUGCAUAUAGCCCUCCCCUGAUCCAACAUUAACCCUAACAGCCUAACUUGAUAUCUGUUGACUGUUGUUGGGUUACUGGAGGGUUAGGUGGGCAGUUGCUCAAAUACUGACCUAGAUCCUUUCCUAUUUGUGUAUAAGGUCAGUGUCUUUAUGCUGUCUAAGUUUUUCGUCAACAUUUGCUAAUUUGCUAACGGAGUCUUCCUGUUAUUUCUUUGUUUUUGACUGAGUACUUUUUUUUUUGCUUACAAACUUUUGUUUUUCUUUUUGGAGCUUUGAUUGCUCUCUGAACCGUUAAUCGCUAACUUCUGAAUGAAAACUGAGUUGAAAUGAACGACAGAGCAAUCAAAAGUUACAGUAACACGUGCUUUCUUUACAGCUCCUUUCUGGAUUGAUUGUAUCAGUUGUGAUUCAAGUGGAAACUGGAGACGGCCAGAAGAUAGUAACUAUCAGAUCACCCUUACAGGUCAGUACGCAGAACUUAUCAGAUCUAUAUCAGCAACUGCGCACGUGCCCCUCCCCUAACCUGACAUAAACCUUUCUCAUUCGUUGGCUGUCGUUGGGUUUAGGGGAGGGGUAGGUGCGUAGUAGGUGCUCAGAUACUGACAUUGAUUGUGAUUAUCCGUGGUUCAGAGUGGAUUUAAAAAAAUAAAUGCUUUUAACUUGCCAGGUACGUGUAGCGUGGAAAAAGUAACAAAGCAAAACAAAACUAGCAACAGAGUUUGGUUUAAUGUUGCCAUCAUGACACAACGCUUUUUAACACAGGUCAACAACCACUUCCCGAUCUCAGUGGACUUACUGUGUAGGAAGGAAGAUCAGUUGUCCUGUGUUACAACAAUUCAACCGGACAGUGUGUUCAGUGUUCCCCUAAUAUUGGCUCACAAGGCUGCACUUUAUCUUAGACCUGCGGGAUUCGGGUUUGUUUAUUUUACUGUGAUCUGUGCUUUGACAAUGACAACUGCGAUCAGUUCAUUGGCACUUCAUUAGAAUUAUUUUUUUGGGAUUAUGCCCCAUUGGCGUUCGGGAAUAUAGAGACAGUUAUUUUGUGGCGAGAUGCUACUGCUACGAAACUGCAAUAAGAAGCAAUUUUGCCAGGUUUUACGUGACGUCGAUUCCCCAGUUACCCUUUUAACUCUCAAAAUCUGAUCGUUAAUUUCCCCCCCUUAGCUGGUACAUAUUUGUUACAAGAACAUGAUGAUGUGUUACAUCAAUAUAACAACUUCUACCCGAUAAAUUUUAGUAUUCUCAUUACCUGUUGGCUGGAUAACUUAUGGAUAUUAUUAUUAUUAUUAUUAUUAUUAUAUUAUUAUUAUUAUUAUUAUUAUUAUAGGGAGAAGUUACAUGUUUAUGUUCUCUGGGAGUUAAAGGGUUAAAAGCGUGUCAAGAAAUGAAUCCAUCAUAUCUUUCCAUAAUAUCUGUCCAUAGCUAAAAAGAGGCUUAAACACGCUCGUGGAAAAAAGAUUGACCUGUGGAAGAAGAAAUUAGACAUAGCCAGUGUCUGGAAUAGUAACACAAUACGUGUAACUGUAUAAACGCCACCAACACUGGAAAAAUUCAAAACCCUAUGUACACAGUCUAUUCAUUUUGUGAUCUUGGUCUCAAGCUGCUUCAAAUAUACAUUGCUUAUAAUUAUUGGCGCCUGUAAAAUGUAAUGGAAACACUUUCUGACUUGAGGACAAAAAGGACAAGGUUUAAAUCGAAACUUCUUUGUUUCUGAUAUAUGUUCUUUUGUUUUAUUUUUUUGUGAUUUUUUGUUUUUGUUGUUGUUCUUUAUCUUAAGGUAUGGAGCAAGUACGACACCGCUGUUGUGGAACAAGUUGGCAUCUGAGGGGUAUUCUUCAGUUCAGUGUCCACCCCCGGGAGGCGAGGGACCACCUUUUCAUAUCGCGGUAAGCUACUUCAGAGGAACUUCUGCGUCGAAAAUAAUUUGUCAAAAAAUUAUUGUAUUUUCGAAAAUUAUGCAUUAAUUAAUUAUGUGUAAAUAAAACUAUUUAAGAUUGCAAAAUAAAUACCUCUUACUAACUGAAUUCGAGGUCUGUACCGCAAGUUACGGAAUUGGUUUUUUCGCUUGGAUUUAUGGCCUAAGUGCGAAGCACGUAGUAAUUGAGUCUUGUUGUAAUUGAGAGCUAUGAUAAAAGACGUUUAUCAUAGGUAUACUGUUUAACUGUUCAGUUAAAUAUUGAGUGGUUUUUAUUUCCGCUCAUUAUGAAGUAGAAAGAUCUGUUUUUAGACGAGCAAAGGCUUUGACUUGUUAAUGAUUUAACAUCAAACUGUACUCUGUUGCAAGAAGGUUCUAUAUAUGAAGUUGAAUGUGAACAAUUCUUUUACAGGUUGGUUGUGAACAAGUGUCGUACAGUGCAGUUCAUGGAUCCUUGGAGCAUGCGCCAAACUACGUCUUACACAUCUACCCAACGGCUGUUCUACAUAACUACUUGCCAUAUAAUAUUCUCUACAGUACACCGGUAAGCAGAAUGUGACUGACACAGUAACAAAAGUAAUAAGCACGCUCGGAUUGGUCAGAAACCCACGGUGUAUUGUUCUGGUGAACCAAUAGCUAUUUCAGGUGAUUAUAAGGGGAUAAGUCUAUAGAGAAACUGUUGUGCUGCGUCAGUUGGUGGGUAUAACAAGACAAUCUGGCUUUAUGAUCUGAGUUGCUAACGUGAAUUGGCCACCGUGGAUUCAGAAACUCUGAAAGUUGGCUAAUUUACAUUAUCAACUCACCUGAUAAACCAAAUUAUCUCAAAUUAUGUCAAGUGAGUUGAGUGUGUCACACAUUUGGACGUCGUCUGUGAUCUAUCACUGAAUAGGCGCAAGACAACAUGUAAUCUAUUUGUUUUUCAUCUAUCAAGGGUUAGGAAUAAUGUGCCGGAAACGCGGGCGCAAAAUUGCGAUCAAAGGUUCGGAAACAAGCUUUCUUCAGAGGGUAGCAAAGGGGGAUCCCGUUUCACGCACGAGUUUUAGAAAAAAAUAACGCAUCACGUAUACCUUAAACAGCAUUUUACGUGUCAUGAAUUUAAACCAUGAAGACUACAAAUCUCUCUUCAUGUGUGCAAGGUUUCAGGGAAAUCUUGAGUUGAUCAAUUUGUGGUAUCGAAGACGUUGGUUUUAAGCGAUCGUUGAACCGUUAGUUUCUUGAUGUUUAUACGCUUGCUUUGCAUUUUUAGGGAACGCCUCUUGUUGAACUUAAAGGUGGCGACAAAUGGCCUUUGUUUUCCGUCAGUCUUCAUCGAAAAGUCAAUCUUUACAUUCAGGUAACUGUAGUAUGUUAUUGACAUUAUUUGCCUCCGGAAUGGCCAACUAGUGAAACCAUAUGCUGAAAGAAGUGAAGAGGAGACGUAAUUCCUUCCUUAUUUCUUUAACAGUCAGACUCAAUUUACACCCAUCUUUCCAGUCAGGUCUACAUCUCUCCCCUGGCUCAUUUCCCGAACAGCAGAUAGUUGUCAAGCCUGAAAUCUAAUUAUCAAAUAGAAAUUUUUACUCGCUUUUUAUUUCAAAGCAUCAUCGUUUGUUUCACAAUGUUAUCACUUCUAUGUAGAAGAAUUUCCUCCUUUUCAACAAUCACAACCUUGCACAAUAAUUACAACAAGAUAAAAAAAAUGGAGAAGGGCGUAAUAUAGCAAGCUAAUUAGAUGCCCUUUAUGGUAAAUUACAUUUUUUUCAUACAGUAAAAAAGUUAUACAUGUAAUCACUUCCGAUGUGGAUUGCGACGUUUUUGACUGCAUACUGUCUUCAUCUGUUGAUCAGGUCGACUAAUUACGCAUCCGACCAUACGAAAUAUUACGUUUCGCUGUGAUUGGGCAAUUUUAAACUGCCUGUUAUUUGUGCAUGUUCUUUAGCGUUCUGCUGUCUUAUGUGUCACCUGUUGUCGUGUUUCUUGAUGCUCCGCGUCCUUGCUUCUGAUAUUCCCUUUCUACUGUCGCUGUUGAUGUUCUUAGGGUGAAGUCUGAAGCAAAUGUAAUUUUAACCUUUAGAUUGACAAUUAUCAAGGGAGCAUGUGGAAAGGCCAGGUUGAACUUCUCAAGGGAAUGGACGAACUCACAACAUUUACCUUGGAAUCAACUCAAGUGGCAGGUUAUGGAAAGCACUUGGUAAGAGUUGAUGGAAUAGAGCCAUCUUUAAAAUGGCGACCGGAAAACUUUAUUCUUGGGCCAAAACCUACGUGAUCCGAACAGUGCAUAGGAAAAUCGUAAAUCUCAAAAACACUAUUUUAACCCAACCAGGAAAUGCUUUUGAUUAUUACCUAAAUAUUGGUAGCCUUAGUAACACGAGGGUAAAUUAAACUUUAAGAUUACCGAGUAAAGAGUUAAUUUGGUGUUGAUUGAAAUCUUCAGUUUGGGAGCAUAUUUAGAAUUUGUUUCUACUGUUCAAUUGCCAAUUUGAGAAGAUCAGGUUGCUUGACUGUAGCUGAUGAAGGUAAAGCAAAUUCUUCUCACUGAUGUCUACUCAUUUCACUUCCAAGCAUGUAAGCGCUAUAUCUAUUCCAUAUUUGUGUUGCUUACUUAUUACAGAGACUGGGAGUGUUAGCCAGAUUUGAUGGGACAAUGAGCAUUACCUUGUACUGCCCUUACUGGAUGGUCAACAAAACUGGACUUUAUCUGGAAUACAAGGUAGGAGAACAUCUUCAAUUCGCUGGUAUACUUUGAUACUUUGGGUAGAGGGAGGCAUUCUGAUAGCUCCACAAAGUAAACGAUUUUUAUCUCCGCUACUCUCUGAGAGACAGUUUUUCUCUUUAUCCAGCUAUCCAGCUUGCUUCAAUCCAGUCUCGAUCCCUAGAGCUCUUCUGCAAUACAGGAGGUCGAGAUUGGCUUUGGUCAAUGGACCAUUUCUGAGUGCCUUAAAUCCUUACUUUGGAAACUUGGUCAAGUGCAAAACAUUUGUUAUGAAAAUGAGUUACCAACAAAAAAAACAUUUUCAUAUCAAAGGCUUUGCUCUCAGCGUCGUUUCAAGCAGAGGCACUGGACAAUACGGAAAUAGCCUUUUUAACAACAAAAUGAACAGAUUUAGUUUAAGAAUCGUCCAGGAAGCAUGCGUGGUUUGCUACCCGUAAGGUAGUGUUCAUACCAUCUCUGAAUAGCUAGCCACUGAUCUGUUUUUGCCUUGAGGGUAGUCCAGUAUUUGACUUGAGACAAUCAUAACUGUCCAUUGUUUCUCUCUUAAACUUGGUAAAUAACGAGUUGAUUUAUUUCCUGUUUUUAGGCGCCUUAUGACGAGACUGUUAUACCUCAUCCCGUUUCCUUGACCGAGCCAGUCAUGUUUUCUCACCGAGGAAAAGGAGUGGUGAGAAUUCAGUUUUCGUUCUAUUUUACUUCUACCCACAGUCGCGUCAUCCCUUGCUGUGACUUGUACUUUUUCUUUUGUGAUCCAUGUUUAAAUGGUAACAGUUGUCAUAAUUUCUCUAAUUUAAUGGUAUUUGGCAGGCCUUUGUUCGUCUUGCUGAAUCUGAUUGGUCCACCAAAUUUUCUCUGGACGCGGCAGGCAGUGGAGGAGCGCUAAAAAUCACGAAGGGUGGGAAAUUGUAUGAGGUAUUUGAAAAAGCUUUAGUACUUGAACAAAGGAAGUUGUUAUUUUCUUUGAUUCUUGGUAUUUUCAUAUAUUGCCGGAAGGUUGGAAGUGAAACCUCAAACCUCUAAUUCUUGCUGUCUAACUCAAGCACACAGUAAAGUCCCGAUUAUCUUCCAAAUGUCACAAUAAUUUGCAGAUCGGUAUGCAGACAACCCUAUCCUACUUCAGUUUAACCAAGAUUGUGGAAUUCACACCGUUUAAUCUCAUAAAUAAUCACACAGAGGUAAGAAUUAUAAUGUUUAUUCAUAGUUUCUGGUGCAAUCAAGCUUUUUUUUUCCGAAUUCAACUCAUAAAUGUCACGGAGGCGGCAUUUUUUUACCUCUCUGUAAAUGUUCCUUUGUCCCGCUGUAGUAUACAGUGUCGCUGUCGGACUCGAAGGGGCCAGACUCGAAGUGGACUAAAGUUCAACCAGGAGAGGUGUGUAUUCCUGUCAUCUUUCUCGAUUUGUCUUAUAUUUCGUUUAGAGGCAGUGUGGCUGAGUGGUUAGGGCGCUGAACAUGUAAUCCAGGGGUUUCGGGUUCAAGUCCUCCACACUGCUUCUCACUAGAUUUUUUCUCAGUUUUCCCAAGUUCAUCUCUUUUCCUGCGCUUUGUAUGUAGCCAACUAGUCUACCUCCUACCGGUUGUGGCUUUUAAACACUACGUUUAUUCACAAUGUUUUAAUUUGUUCAUAUUGGUCCUGAUAAGUCCCAUUUGGGGGGUUGUCAAUUACAUUACCUACAUAAACACAAUUGUUGGUCUCGGUGUUGAAGGUUAGGGUUGAUCUGUUGGCUUCAAGUCACAUUUGACUUGUAUCCAUCGGUUUCCUAUAUUUUACUGUGUAGUCUGAUCAACCAGGUGGGAGUAGUUCUGAAAAGAAAUGCCGUCGGUAGGAAUUGUGGCUGAAGUUUCGACAACUUGAGCGUAAGUCGUCAUCAUAGAUAGUUGUCGAGUCACUUGACUCUGAUAAUGACUUCAACUUAGGAACUCAAAGCUGCCGUAAAGAGACCUUUUCAGAAGUACUCUCAUUUGGAUCUGCCGACUGCACGAUCAGCAGAUACACUUGGGUUCAAACCAUUUGCUGUGUGUAUGUUUGUUUUCAGUGUGUACCAUUCUGGCCAAAUUCGUUCCCAUCCAAGAACUUGGCUAUCAGGGUUGGGGACAAUGAAGAAGUAUCACCAAGCUUUGACUUCGAACCCGACAUCACUUUAUUGCUGAGAAUAAACGGAAAGGUGUGUGGAGGCUCGUGUUCCUAAUGCAAUUAAAGGCAAAUCAGCCUUGGUGUUUUGAUACCAAAACUGUCGCUCCUUGAAACCUCUCUGAGAUCGACCUUUCUUCUUCUUUAGAAAUUCUGCCGUCUUGUUUACGGCAACUAUUUAUCUAAGUUCUUUGUCCCCUUUACCGACUGUAAUUCAGGGAAAAUAAUUAAGAAAAAACGAGAUUUGAUUGGCUGUUGUGAUUAGUAUUCUGGUUUUACGGCAAUCAAUAGAGCUUAUUCCGGUUCCUGUAAAAUGGACACGAUGACACGGCCUGGUCUCGGAUUUGGAAACCAUUGGUUGUCUGUUGACAUAUAACUUUCUUAUUCUCAGGUGGGGGCUGUGUGUGCCGACAUGCGCACAAAAGAUAAUGCUGCUAUCACAACUAUCACACCAUACUUUGCCGGAGCAGCUACCGUUAGACUGGAGAACUGCACUGAGCUAGACAUCUGCUAUAAACAGAAAGAGUAAGUUCAAUAAGGACUUAAUGUUUUUUGACGAAGAUUGAGAUAAAGAUGAAUGAAUAUUGGCUAAAUACUUUUUUGUGUUUUUGUAAACCGAAAGGAAGUAAGACGGGGCCAACUCAACCCUACAGGAUUGUUAAAUACGAGAUAACUGGAAGCUAUAAUUUUUAAACUUGUUUUGGUUGCUGUGCACCUGCACUGUUGCUGUGUUUUGAGACUCUUUUUGCUAUAAAGGUGUAUAAAACCUCUUCUCGUUCAAGAAAGAAGUUACAAAGAAAGCGCAAGUUUUAUAAGCUCACUAAAGGCUGGUUUUUAUGUGCAACGGAGUUGGAAUCGUAAAUGCGACUCCAAACUUUAGAAAAUUGAAAAUAGCAGUCGUCAGCGGAGUCAUAAAUUUGACAGAAUUGGAGUCGGAAGAAUCAGAUCGAUAAAAUUUUUUGGAUACGAUUUUGCUUCAGACCCUGACGCUUAUGAUCUUGUGAAAACUGAGCCGUCCUCAAUCUAUUCUAUGGCUAACGAAUAUAAUAAUCUAGUGUUCAUAUAUCAUAUGCGUCGGAAUCACAAGUGGCAUCCGUUACUCUGCUCCCGAUUCCUUUGGUUCGAUUUUCAUCGGACUGUGCCUCUGAUAACGACUCGGACUCCGAUUUCACUCUUAAUUUUUCAUAGGUAAUUCUCUUUAGUAUCUCCCAUGCAAUUCAUUUGAUAUUAGUUGGAAAAAUUUGGUACAGGAUCAACAAAUAAUCCCCCAAUCGAUGUUUUUCAUUAUUCUCGUCUGCUUGAUAUUCUAUUAAUAUUGUAAGGAGAAAUUUUGUCUCAGUCCCUUUUUGGAGUUGAAGGGUUAAAAAGUAAUGGAAAGAAGCGCGGAGGUGGCUUAAAGUCAAACUCAGAUCAUUGAACUGAAUUUAAAAGAUUUGUAAGUUAGUUUUUUAGCACGAGAGAAGGAACACGGACGUGGGUAAAAGCCACAUAACUAUUAGCAGUAGUAACUCUCUUCUCGCUCUCCUAUUGUCAACUUGGGUGCCUCCGCAGCUUGUCUUUCAGGUGCAAGGAACAUUGUUUGCAUCCUAACCAGAGCGUUUUGUUCACAUGGGAUGAACCCUCAGCUUCGAGAGAGUUUGUCUGGUUUGUCAAAGGAUCUAAAGAGAGAAUCACCACUGACUUGUCACAAGUAAGCACUCUUCUUGUUGUUGUUGUUGUUGAUGUUGAUGUAUUUACAACGCUCGCUUUUUUUUCUCUUUUUUUUUCGCAUUUCAACAUAUAUCUUGGUUACCAAGGACCUUCGACCCGGUUCGUUUGACGGAUUUUGUCUCCCAAUCAUGUGAGAAGUUUGAUCACCAAAGCGUGUUUGGUGAUCAGAGAUUUCAGUUAGACGUCAGUUCAAAUUGAAAAUUCCGGUUUGAUUACCGAGAUGAUCAAGAAACAAAUGAGGUUUCAUCUUACGUUUAACCUGGAAAAGAAACCCUGUUGUUAUGUAGUGAACCUGGGCCGCCCGCUUUCAACUCAGAUCUCUUUCUGAGUCCAGGAUUGGAAUUCUCGUCAAUAUGACUCCUUUACCUUGUGAGAAAUCGAUGAUGCACCAUUCAGCACCUUUUUCUAGAGUCAUGCAAUAAUGUUUUUAUUCUGCUUUAUCUGUAGACGGGUUUUGACAGGUUUGAGUACCGUGGUAAGAAGAUGUACUAUUCCACCUUCCUGGACGGUCUGCAGCGCGUGCUCCUCAUCACCGAUGACUUUACACUGGCGUUCAGAGCUCAAGUGGUAAUUUUUCUUUUGUUGCAGGAGAUACUUAGUAACUGGAGCCCAGUACUGCUGUGUUCGCUUCAUUUAUUAAUUCAAACGUUUUGCAGCUCUGCUUCUAAUGAACUCUUCUCGUGAACUUUCCACUUAAUAAUAAUAAUAAAUAAAUACUUAUUCGGCGCAAAUAUCUAUAUGAAUAUAUUCAGAUGCGCCUUACAAGUUACAAACCCACCCAACCCAACCCAGGGGAGGACAUCCAUCACACAGUAAUCUCGUGCGUGGGAAAUUAACGUCUCCUACCCCAGUAGGAGUACUUGCAAUGAAAUUCUUUCUCCUCAAGUCACUACGUGCACUUUAUGUCCACCCCUUCCGUGAAGCUGACCAUAAAGUUAGUUGAUACUUAUAUUUCCUACACAUUGAAUGUUUUGUAUUAUUUACUUCUCUUACCAAGGAACUAAAGGAGCGCCCCUCACAGUGCAUCACUUUGGCACUUCAGGGAGUUGGCUUGUCUCUUGUGAACAAUGAAAAAAGUAUCGAGGUGGCAUACAUCGGAAUUAAACCGUAAGAGCUUCACUUUUACAGUUUCUUUUUCUCGUUCCUUUUUUUUCUUUUAGUUUUUUUUCUUAACUCGGACAGUACACUGGUGAAAAGAAUAACUUUAAAAGUUUACUCCAGACAGUAGGUUAAAAGUAAAGUUGUUUGACGUUUUUAUGCGUGAGGGAGUAAAGUUAAUUUCUGGGAAUCUAUGAAAAAUCUGAAAUUUAUUAUUGUAGGAGUGAUAUUAUCUGGGAAGAGCAGAAGAAGAAAGGAAGAUGGAAGGCACUCAAGUUACGCCUCUGCAAUGAAUUAGAAGCUGGUUGGAAUAAAUUGCAGCGAGAUAUUGCCAUAGGAGCCACAGCCAAUUACAUCUAUAAGAGUGGCGACUUGGAGGCGCGUAUCUGUAAUUUUUGUUCUUGUUGGUCAAAUUUAUUGGUGCUGUAAAUCAGCUUUCACCGGCCUUCAGCUCAGUUGGGAGGUGCAGUGGGAGGAGGUGGGAGGCGCAGUAGCUUAAGACUAGCGCUAGACGUCGGAUAGUGAGAGCUGGAUUCGAGGUGUGGCGAGGGUCAUUGUGCUUUUGUUCGCCCGGGAGUUUAAAUGUACACUAGCGAGCUGUUGGGAACACUUGACUAAGGCAAGCAGGGCUCGAAGUUAACUCUCGCAAACUCGUAAAAUGCGAGCAAUUUUGAUAAACUGCGAGUGAGGAAAAUAUACACAAGCAAACGUUUGUUUGUUAGAAUCAUCCAUGUCUCUCAAACAUGCAGUAGAUAGUUAAUGGCUGUCAGGAAAAUGGCAGAGGAGACCAAACUUUAAUACCGUUUUCAUUAAACUUCUCAGCUCGUUAAUAGGCUGUGCGAAAUAUCAAUUCUAAUAUUAUUUCAGAUAUGGCCACUGAAAUUUCAAGGGGAAAGAAUUUGGUUGUGGUCUCACCGUUUGCUGGUGGAAGAAAAUCUUAUCGGCAAAACUUUUCAAAUGUGCUAAGAAGUUAACUUCGAGCCCUGGCAAACAUUUAGCGCGCACAGUAUCGUGGGAACCGCGUGGGCUAAUGGUCACAGUGCUUUUGUCCGCCCAGGAGAACAAAUGUGUAUCAGCGAUGGCUUACCAUUCCACUAAGGAGGAGUGGCAAAACCCCUAGUUAUUUUAUGCCAUGGAAACGGAAAUAAGCCCUGAGAGCGAAUGAUUGGCCCGUGAAAGAGCAAAAUCUCCGGAAGAGCUCAGGGGAUCGUUACCUUUCUGUUCAUGUUUUCUCGAAUAGCGACGAAUUUUUACUUAAGAACUUAAAGUGCAAGUUCAUAUUUUUUGCUCUUUUUGUUUCACGUUUUUAGUAAAUGUUGUCCACCAUUUCCAGGUUGAUUUUAAACAAAUGGAGAUUGUGCGGCCUACACGCCAGCACAUCAGAAGAACAUUUACUCCUGGAAUUUCAUUAGAGUACACAUCUUCGCCAAAUGAACUCACACUUUCUACAAAGAUCAAUUCAGUUCAGGUGAGCGAGAGAAAAAUAGAGGGAGAAGAAUUGUGGCAAACAAGACUUAAAUCAUUUUAGCUCAGGGAAGUAGAACACUAAGUUCUGCCUCUUUCAGAAACCCUGCUGACACUGUAAGCUUUGUUACUAAUCCAGUGUCUUAAAACUAAGAUUAACUAAAGUUUGUUUGCCUGUUGAUUUUGUGCAGUAUGAUCGUUAAGACUCCAUCAGUCUGAAUGAGGAUGUUUGUAUCUUCGCAGAUUGACAGCCAAGUCCCAGGUGCCACCUUCCAGACCGUACUCUUCCCAGUGCCCCCUCCAAAGUCAAUCGCCGCUGAUAGUGGUAAGUGACGAAGGUGAAUUUGAGCCAGUAUCCUCCUUGCAAAGUGAUUAUCAAAACUGUAACAAAAUUCUCAAUUUUUGUUUGUCAUUGGCAGCUCGAUGUGAGCGCUGAUGGGACAAUUUACCCGUCAGUAAUCAGUACGCUCAGUAAUCAGUAAUUAUUCGCUCUGAGGAAGGGCUAACGCUCGAAACGUCAGUUUUGAAACUCUGUACAGUACCGAAAUUACCUUACCAACUCAGUUGAUAAAACCAAAUAUCUUGCAGUAAUCUCUACGAUUGUGUUUUAGAACCAAAGCCGUACAUUGAAGUGAGUUUAGUCGCAAAGCAGGAGGAGCACACGCACGUGAAUGAGAUCAAGUGAGUGGUUUGGAAAAUGGCGUUUACUCUAGGACUAUGAUCUUCUGACUAUUUUAAAAUCCACGACAAAAUGAGAUGACACAUAGUAUUCACUAAUCUACCUGAGCAGAAAUUACCAGGAAAGAACAUUGAAAAUGAACUACACUUCUCUGCAAUUUCCCGUUGCCCCAUUCAUGGAAAAUUUAGUGUAACAUUGUAGGGGGGGAGGGGAAGAGGAGGGUGUCAACGAGGGAAUUAGGAAUAAAAUUAUAAAAUUGAUGUGCUUUUCCAGAAUAUUGUGAUCUCAGUAGUCAUGUGUCAACUAUUUUGUCGCGGAUUUUAGCUUACCCGAACUGAUGUAUAAUAUUGAAGUUUCAGAUCAAUGAUUCAUCUGGUUUAUUUAAACAGUUUGCUGGUCUCUACUUCUUAUGUUCUUCUUACUCAGGUACUUCAAGGUUCUCAUUCAAGAGAUGGACGUAAAGAUCGAUAUGAGCUUCAUCAUGGCCUGUAUUGGAUUAUUUUCGUUUGACACUAUUGACAGAAGCCAAGAGGUAAGGAUGCGUUUACUGCAUUGGGCUGCAUAUCCACGGGGGUACGAUAAAACCAAAACAAAGGUCGGCGUAGAGAAAAUCUGGAUCGAACCGGAUCGGACCGGAUAGGAUCACGGAUCGAGGAAAAAAAACAAAGAGUUUUGAAAAAUAAAAGAAAUCAAAUCGUUUAUUCAAAAAAAUAAGGGUUAAAAAACUAAAAUAUGUUAAUUGAAAUUAGAAAUGUUGCGUAACAGGCCAAAAUAAAGUCUGUGUGACGUAAUGGGGCGCAGGCUCCUCUGGAAGUUUUUUUGCCCCAAAACCCCAGGCCAAUCACAGGAAGAAGUCACGUGGAUUAUUUUCGAAAAUAUCUUUAUUUCAUCUUUUAAAGCUUGUUAAAUAGGCAUCUCAAAAUAGAAACGCAGUAUACUUAGAACUUGUCGAACGUUUGUCUUCACAGUCCAGCCAGUAUGCUUUGGACAAACAAAUGGUUCAUGGCAAGCUUGGAGAGGCGUUUGCCGUUCAGGUCGGUAACUUACUGGUCUUGAAAUUAUGCCUGUUUAUAUUGUAGCCGUUUAAAAAUUCCCACUUAUUAAUCCUUUUUUUUUCCUCCAGGCUGCCCUAAGUACAGACAGAAAUUUUUUCGACUUCUUCCAUCUAUCACCGUUGAAGGUAUCGUUUCCGAUUGUCCUCCUCUAGCCCGACUCUAUAAUCAUAUCGACUUAACCGUUAACUCUCAAGAUCUGAUUAUUAAUUCUCCCCUCUAGCUGCUACACAUAUCCUUGUAAAUUAGUGAUGAGAAUUUGGUGUAAGAUCGAGUUAACAACUUCUACAUGAUAAGGUUGAAUAUUCUCAUUACCUGUUUGCUAGAUAAUGCAAGGAUAUUAUAGGGAGAAGCCUCAUGUUGAUCACUUCAGGAGUUAAAGGGCUAAUGACGCAUCAGCACACAGGAAAUUUAUUGAAUUAGCGUAAAAGAUUUCGAGAUUGCUUACCCAAUCCAAUUUCACUUCAUGAAGGGCUCAUUUCGAUUGAAAAUUAUCAAACCAAACGAAAGAAAGCACCUCGAAUGACAAAAAAGGGGAAUUACCGUGAGAUGCCAACUGAAACUCAAACGAUGAAAAUAGGAGUGACUUCGCGAUUGAUCUUGGUGUUGUAUUUGAUUGGUUGGGGCGGUGGCCUGAGUUUUCUCGACCAAUCACAGUGCGAAGAAAAGUCGAGCCAUUGCCAUUGCUGAUUGCUUUUAAAUUCUAUCACAGGCAGCCCAAGCUUACGUCUCGAGAAAAAGCAAACGAUAAAUUUAAGAAAAUGAACGACACUUUUAAAAACAUGUUUCGACAGUUCUUCUGUUGUUGAAUUUAAAGUGCGUAAUUUAAAGUGUGUAACAAAAUGCUGAUUGGACAAAACAAACAAUAGUAACGGAACAAUGAAAGCAUUUACAAGGAAAGUUUUAAAUUAACAUGAUAAAGUUGAUGAUUAAGUGUUGGUUUCUCCCACUGAAUGUGGAUAGCUUCUUUGAUUUUAAGUUGAAAAGUUGUGGAAGCGUGAUCUAAGAUGUUAAAACACUCAUCAGAACAAAGGGUGCGAUACUGUGGAGAAUUAUGUAGAAGUCUGAAAAUGUGAGAGGUCCUAUCACUGACCAACUGUCCAAAAAGGUUUUUAAAAAGUGUGACAGUCGUUUAUUUUCUUAAAUUCGUUACAUAUCUGCUUCUAUACAGACCUUUUGGAAACUAUUAAUUCAUGAAAGCGUCACGCGUUGUGUGACUCGGUGUUAAUUAAGUUAGGGGAGGAACCGUUGAGAAUUUAAACACGUUAUAAGGAAUAGUGUGGGGAACGAAAUAUGAUCGAUUUACAACGAUAAACAUUUCGAAAUAUGAACAUUUUACACCUAAAAUCAACAGAACUCACUCACAUCUUGUGUAUCCAUUGUAGUUUCUGGCAAUUUCUGCCGUUUUAAGCUUGUUUUGCCAUCACUGUUAUUCCUGCUGGCUUGGGCCGCCUUUGAUUAGUUAAUGUUUAAAACAAUGCUAUCCUGGAUGGCAAAAGAUUCAGUUACUCUCUCAAAUGAAUUGAUUUUAACCGAAUGGUGAUGUGAUCACGUGACUAAUGAGAGUGAAAGACUCUUUCGCCCAGCCUAAGGACAUUUAUUAUGAUUUUUCCUGUAGAUUCAUGUUAGUUUUUCUCAGCUGGGUGGCGGCGCCGAGGUCAAAAAAGCUAUCGGUGGCAGUUUUGUAAGCUUGUUGCUCAAGAGUGUCGGAGUAGCAGUCACUGAAGUACAAGAUGUAGAGUUCAAGUGGGUAACAUUUUCGUCAGCCAUGAACUUGUUCGAUAAUUUUGUCAUAAUGCCUCUUCACACUUGUCGUUUCCUAUCGUGACGCUAUGUUCCCCAGUCAAAAGUGUUGCUUUCCGUUUGGUGCAAACAAUGAUACCUGGCUCAAAAUGAGGUCUUAGAUUUAUAUGCCAUUAUGUCUUAGAAGUUGACUGAACGUUAAAGGAAAUAAGAGGGGGAAAAAAACUUGAGCCGGUGCUUGUCUCCAUGAGUUAUAACAAAGAUUGUAGGUUGAAGCACUAGCCCCGCCCCGUGUGGAAACCUUCCAUUCCACCUUUAGCCAUGCAACCAAAUAUACAGCUACUUCUUAGAGCAGAAAAUAUGACCAAAUCUGGGCUCUGCAUUUAGUUCUUAGGAAAAAAAGAAAACAGAACUGACGUGAACUGUUUACUUAACCUUUUAACUCCAAGAUCAAAUUUGUAAUUCUUCUUACUGUCAACCAUACAAUUCUUAUAAUGUUAGUUCAGAGAAUUUAGUAUUGGAUCAACUAAUUAUCCCCUAAUUGAUAUAUUUCCUUAUUCUCAUCACUCAUCUGGUUGAUACUGUAUUGAUAUUGUAAGGAGAAAUUCUGUCUUGGUCACUUGUGGGAGUUAAAGGGUUAGGGGUUGGUGACCUACCCUCUCUUAUGAUUUGUCACAUAUUUAUUGCCUGUUAUCCAGUGUUUUCAUGUCACACUUCUAAUAGGAGCUUGGCAGACAGUUACGCUUAUGUUGUAUUUACAGGCUAGCUUAUUUCGAAAUAAAGGACAAAGUUUAUACGCAGCAGCAGUUAAUGGAAGUCGCCAUCAAGCAUUACCGUAGUCAGGUGAAUUUAUUCAGUACUCUAUGAUGGGAGACGCACGGGACCCCGUGUCAGGGAGUUCGGUUCAUGCACUGGCCAGGUCACUUUGUUGUGUUCUAGGGCAAGAUACUUUACUCUUACAGUGCUUUAAUCCAUCUGUAUAGAUGGGUACAGGCGAACCUUCAGGGAAAAGUGACGAAAUCCCAGGGUGGGGGCUGCGAUGGAUUAAAUUGUCAUGUAGUGGUAGACAUACUCUUAAUUGCUUCAUGCUACAGAAACCAGAACAACCACCUGCUACUUGUCUUCUAAGACUUAACUUUACUCGCCACCGAACUUUAAUUGAUUGUGGCAGGUAAAAAAGUGAAUCGUUCGUAUAGCAAUAAUAAUUAAUUCUUUCGGCCUUUUUUAAAUUCAGGCACUGAAGCAGUUAUACGUGUUAGUACUGGGGCUUGAUGUACUAGGAAAUCCAUUUGCUUUGCUUACCGGCCUGAAGGAAGGAGCGAGAGACUUUUUUUACGAACCUUACCAAGUAAGUUUGAUGGAUAACUUUAAAAAACAAAUGAUACUCGAAUUUAACUCAGAGAGUGGGCGAGAGACCAAAAUAUUGGACUAUUCUUUGGCGUUUGUAAUUCAAAUUGUUGUCAUAAUCUCCCCUUCAUAAUUAUCAUUAUGUAUCGAUAAUUACUUGUUUCCUGUUCUGUGCCGUUUCUUUUUUCUUUUUUUUUUCAUCUGAUUUUAACUGAAAAAACUGCAGUUCACAGAUGUAAAACAUUUCUGUACGUAUCAAUUAGCAUUUUGAAGGACUGUGUCCAAGCCCUUCUCAGUCAUUGGCCAGAAAAUGAGCGAUCCUUUAUAAAGUAUCUUCGUGGAUAGGAACAAAGGUAGAAGUGGAAAGAAUUGCAAAAACUGAGACAAGUCCGAAUACUGUUGUUUCUGUUUGUUCCAGGGUCUUAUCCAGGGUCCUGGCGAGUUCGCAGAGGGUUUGCUGAUUGGCGCCACGAGCUUGUUAGGUCACACUAUUGGUAUGUUCAUGAUAAUCUAUGCUUAGGUUUCGCUCUUUUUUUGAACUUGUUCACGCGCUGGACUCAGGAUACGAAAGGUCCGGAGUCGAAACCUGGAGGAUCAUUAAGUUAAAUUAUUGGGGAAGACACUUUACUCUUUAUGUCUCUCUCCAUUCUGUGAUACUAUCAGGAAAACCACACCACAUUGCUGGAAGGUUAGUAGUGAUGGUCUAAUUUCCGUCUUGGAGGAGAGGCCAUAGUGCUAGUCUUUAUGUAAUACAGAAACUUGGUGAAGAUCCAGCAUCGCAAGCCACUUAGCUCGUUGAACGCAACCUUUUGACUGCUCUACCUGACUUCUUUUGGUGAUUAACCCCUGGGCAUAUGGAGUCUUUUGAUCUUCCAAAUGUUCUUGUUUGUUUGUUUGUUUCUCAGGUGGUGCGGCUGGUGCAGUCUCUCGUAUAACUGGAACGCUGGGGAAAGGUAUCGCUGCACUAACAAUGGAUGAUAAAUACCAACAGGAGAGGAGGCAGGCGAUGGGAAAGAAACCUGUUAAUGUCAAAGAAGGACUCACAAGGGGUGGGAAGGGACUACUUGAAGUAAGUGCUAACGUUAGAGUGCUUUCAUAACCUCAAGGAAAGACUUUAAAAUUGGAGGUCAAUUAAAAUAUGAGAACUUGAAGUUCUAGACGGAAUAAGGGAAUGUUUUGUUACUUAGCAGGCGGUUUCUCGACGUAACAUGUUUUUUUUUCGGUUUUUUUUUUAUGGCAUGUAGAUGUGAACUUUAUACAUCGGGCACUUAUGCGCUUAUUCGAAUGAUUGUCACAACAUCUAAUCCAAAGAAGUCACUCCGGCAAAUCAGGACAAAGGAAACUUUCAUAGAAAAAUUAAUAGGGCCUCUUCGAGAAAAAAAAACCAAAGCGAAUCAAAACCGAAAAAGCAAGAAAAAGGCAAUUAAAUUGGUUCGAGCGCGCAGAAAGUGCACGUGACCAUGUCGUGAUUGCUUGUAGUGAGUGAUAAGAAACCAUUGCACUUUCUUAUUUCUGUCUUUUUUUUGUUUUGUCUAUUUUUAGGGCGUUUUGGGAGGUGUGACAGGAAUAAUAACCAAACCAAUGCAGGGUGAGUUCAUUUAAAAAAUGCACCAAAUAUCGUUUUUACAAAAGCGGUUUUUCUAAAUUUCCAAGUAGUUUUUUUCUGCUAGUUGGGUCUUUUACGUUUUUUUGUUUCAUAAGGAAUGUCUAUUUUUACUAGUUCGGCUUUGAUCAAACUCUAAACACCGUCAAGGGUAAAAAGACUCGCAUGAAUUUUUAUUCCGUAACUUUCCAAUUAAAUGUGGAAGUUCUCUUCUCGUACCUAAGAACUCCGUCUCCCACCCCUCCCAAAUCAGGACAUCUUCACGGAGUUAUCUGUUUUCCUUCACUUGUCAUUCAUUUUUAUAGGCGCAAAGGCUGGUGGUGCUGCGGGGUUUUUCAAGGGACUGGGAAAGGGUGUGGUUGGUGUGGUGGCACGUCCUGCGGGAGGUUUGGUUGACUUUGCGAGCAGCACAUUCGAAGGAAUUAAAGGGUUAGUAACAUUUCAGAACUUAACACCUUCUUAAAGUACGUUAUUUUUUUCGUCUUGUCACGAGCGUGGGAGAAAGAAAUCAAACAAGAAUCGCCACGAAGAAUCGAAUCUCAGACCUUUGGACUUCGCGCUCCGAUGUUCAACCACUGAGCUUCCGAGAGUUCCAUGGCGAGUUAGGCCAUUACUAGAUUCAUAUGUGAUUCAUUUGGUUCAACCUUAUGUCGUUCGGUAAACGACAACGUUGGCAAAGAAUUUUCCUAUUAGCAUCACAAAGGAUGGGCUCGAUUUCUGCCGUCUUCUUGGGUCCAGUCUUAAAACCUUUGUCACCAAGUGACCAACUUAUGUUUGGUUUUUCUUUUGCACCUGUUUGACUUGAAAGUUUUUUCUUUUCCUUUUUUCCUGUAUUUUGACGAAGCACAGAGCGGAGUGAAGCAUAACCAUUAAAAUCCGGGAGACGUUUGAUACUCGAUUGACAAUUUCUCUUGGAGAGAGUUUGAAGAAGCGCGUGUGGGGAUAGUUGGCAUUACCUUCUCUCUUUCAUUACUUACCUUGAUAUAAACUUAAAACGCAAAUGGUGGAACCUAAUCAUUCUAUAAUCAUUCUACUGUCGAGUUGAAUCCGAAAUACAUUUUGGAUACAACACUGGCACCAAUAUUAAGAAUGUUUUGGACGACAACUUGUCAGUUUACAAGGCCCUGAUGACGAAAUUUUUCUGCCAUAAUGUCACGUAUGAGUACAAAUCAAAAUUUCCGAGAUUUGUGUUAGAAUUCUUCAUGCUUAUCCGUCAUCUGAAACUGAGCUUCCUACUUUGCAGUUCUGCCAUCAGUGGAAGUGAAGUUAAACGAUUAAGACCACCCAGAUGUUUCUACGCUGACAAGGUGACUUACACACUUAAUUUGCCUUAACUUUAUCACUCCUUAGAUCUCAUUAGGAAUUUUUCUUGUCUGCCAUACAACUGGUAAGAUGCUAGUUCAUAGAAGUUGGUAUUGAAUCAACUAAUAAUCCCCUAUAAAGAGAUGUUUUUCUUCAUUCUCAUCAUUUGUAUGCUUGAUAUUGUAUUGAUGAUGUUGUAAAGAGAAUUUCUGUUUUGGUCACUCGUGGGAAUUAAAGGGUUAAUCAUACCAGAUGAAGAGUGCCGUAAAACCAUACCUAAAAAAAAUCAUAACGCAAAAUCAGAAAAAGGUUACCUUUUCAGGGAGCCAAUAAAAACUGAAAUGAAUUAGAUGUAAACGACUCCAAGCGCGGGAAAACGCGGAUACGGAGAUUGUGAUUGGUUUAGAGAAUUGUGCAGGUUUUAGAAACCAAUAAGAGACCGGAGCGAAGCCAGUACUUUCCAAGAUUCCUUUUGGUACUCGAUUGGAAAUUGAUCGACACAUUACGUCAAAGAGAGAGACUUAAACUGUUCGGCGCGAAAAGGUACUCUUUUGUAGUAUGAGUUUCUUAUUUACCAAGCGUGGAAACCGUCCGUAUGGCAAAAUCCCAACCAAGUAAGAACAAAUCAGUACGCUCGGAUUUACCUCAAUACUGCCUUGCCAUAUAAUAAAUUGAUGUAUUUGUUCAGGUUAUCAAGCCAUAUAAUCUGCACGAAGCCCUAGGAAACGCCGUACUGCAGGUAACGUCGUAAUAAUAUCUUAGGUUUGACAAACUAUCCGUGUACGCUUUCUUCGAGAAUGUUGAGUUAUGGUGUGUUUUUCUUUCCUUCAACUAGGAAACUAAGAAAACGAGAGCUGUCUUGGUGGCCGACACUUAUUUCUGUCAUAGUCGUCUUAAUACUAGGAAAACACUUCUUAUCACAAACAAGUAAGUUUUGAUACUAAGGAGAAAGCGUCGAUUGUGUUCGCCAGAUCUUUUCAUUCUUCAAUACAUUUUCAGAUUCUCCUUUUUAAUAAUCGAGACUUCAUUUUCGUGACCUUGGAAUAACUGUCCUUACAUAAUGUUCUGCUCAUGCGUGAUACUGUCUGAAUGGGUUUUCCAUGUAAUGUCUUCCUACUUAUGCGUAGAUGUAUCAAAUUAAUUUUUCGCAAAAUAUGAUGAUUUCGCAGUGUCUCGCGGUUAAGUUGUUUGCCAGAGGCUUCACGAUAUUUUGCCCAACUUAGUCCAAUAAGUGUUUGCAGAGGGGAAUUUCAUUUUUCUGUAUUUAGUCUUUAAACUUAUGGAAAAUGUCGGUAACAAGUUUAUUUUCUUGUGCGUCGAAUGAACAAGGUUGUUCAGUGGACUUUGAACAACGCUCAUUCUUUUCCUUCAUUGUUCUUACAAAUUUUUAUAUCACCUUCGGUAGACACAUCAUAGUUGUUGGUAAAACAGAUGUGUUUGAAGCGUGGCAAAUUGAUUGGAUGUGUAGAUUUGACGAACUCACGGGUGAACCGAGAACUGAAGGAGAAAGACUUGUUCUAAAUGUGCGGGUAAGACUCUAACGUCGACGAUAGUAUUGUGCGCAUUUUAUAUUUCAUUUUAUUUGAUUUGAAUUUAUUUAUUUAUUUAUUUAUUUAUUUAUUUAAUCGAUAUUUAAACACGGUAAAAAAAAAUUCAUAAGGUACAAAAAAUUCCAGUUCAAGGACUAAUAUCCUAAGAACCUAAAAAUCUUAAUCCAAACAUUAUGUUAACUUACGACGAGUGUCUUAACCCUUUAACUCCCAAGAUCUGAUCGUUACCUCUCCCCUCUAACUGGCACACAAUUCCAUGUAAAUAAGUUAUGAGAAUUUGGUGUUAGAUCAAGACAACAACUUCUUCCUGAUAAGUUUGAGUAUUCUCAUUACCUGGUGGCUAGAUAAUGUAUGGAUAUUAUAGAGAGAAUUUACAAGUUAAUCACUUCUGGGAGUUGAAGGGUUAAAAGCCAAACCAAAACCAAACCAAUAACAACCGCCAAUUAGAACAAAGGCAGAUAUGAAAGGACUCAAUGAGACUUCAAAAAAAUAAAAACCUGUAAAUUGCCCUAAGCGUAGGAAAACAGGAAUUACCAAGUCAAAAUUGGUUUCCGUUGUAGACUACAAGGAGACCCUCCUUCUCGGCGAAGUCCGUCGCGCGAAUGGAAAAAAUAAAUUAGUGAAAAAAACCGAUAUUAGGGCGUAGCGCAGUACUCUGUGAGUGGGGCGCCUCAGUUUUUUACUUAAACUGAACUUGACAUUUUUUCUUUCCUUGUUGUUCUCUUUUAGGUCAGAGCUAAAACAAAAGGCAUGUUAAAACGGCAGUCAGACGAUACGAAAAUUUUUACGCCCAGCCCAGAAGUGGCUCAG